CUGGAGUUACAUGGUCCGUCACUCUUCCGCCAACAAACAGCGGGCUGUUGAGGAGGAGUUUUCAGGUAGUUGAGAAAAGAAUGAUAAAUAUUGUAAAUUUCAUCGUAUAAAUGACGAGUUUGUGAGGUUUGUAAUGUUUUUCUGUUGAUAUUGUGGAUCCGUGGAUAUUGCUGUUUUACGAGCGAACUAACAGUGCAUUCGGUAACUAUUUUGUGGCUGUGAGACCACAAACAGACGUAACGGCUUUUGCUUGAAAAGUGUAAGUACAGGCUGACUGAAGGCUACUUUUCAAUGAAUUUGGAAUAAAAUUAAAUAAAGUAAGUCAAGUUUACUGUUUGAGAACCGUAUAUAACUGGUUAAGUGCCACAGUCGCUUUAGUCCAGUUUUCUGUCGUCUGUUUGGUAAGUAGCCGUUAGGAAGUAAUCAGCCCUUAAUUAUUUACACCUGUUUUAAUCGAAGCCAGUUUACAGAUUCUGAUCAAACUCUCUGCCUUGGCCCAAACUUUAGAGUUAUCUUAUGUCCCAGUGGUCAUACCAAUUUAUUGAUUUGGACGUUUGUAAAAUUUACACGUUUGAAAUAGGGUUGAUGGAAUGGAUUUAUGACAUGCCUCUUAAAAGUUGAUGUCACCACGUAAUAAUGUGAUAAUAAGUCUAAGGUUUUUCAAAUGGCAACUACUGAAAUAUUUUUUUUCAUUGUUAUUUACAUUACAAUCACUUGAGCAACUACAUCUGGGUACCAGUGCUAUAUGGUACAGUCAGUAAUUAUGAGAUAUUAUUUGUAAAAAGUAAAGGCACCCCCCAAAAUAAAUAACUAAGUUUAAUGACUUGUAUUAUCUUGCCUCUUUUCUGCAGCAGAUGGAGAACUACAUCCUGUAUGAAGAACUUGGGAAAGGCAGGAGCUCUGUGGUCUAUAAAGGAAGAAAGAAGGGCUUUCUCAACUAUGUUGCCAUCAUCUGCGCUGAUAAAGCCAAGAGACUGGAGAUUACUAACCAUGUAGGACAAUGCUUCAAGUUUUGUGUAUAUAUUGUGCAAUAAAAUACUUUGAUGCAUUUUUCCAAGUAUAGUUUUUGUAAGAAGCUAAAGAGAUCUGAGAUCUGAAAUCAGAUGCAACAUAAAGAUUUACUGAAGUUAAACUUACAAGUGAUGUACCUGUAAAGAUGUAAUCAGGAAAAAAAGGUAAGAAUUAAAUGUUUCACAAUUAUGUCAUCAAAAUGUAGGUUCUUUGUUUGAUUCUGAAACUUACAGUACUUUUGUACGAUCUACCCAGCACUAUCAAGAUCCCCAGGCCAUAUGAAUACUGGAGAUGCCUUUGAGCUUAAAACAGUAACUGUUAUACUUAGUUAUUGAUAUCUUGUUUCUUUUCUCUGUAAGGUACGUCUCAGCCCUGAUCUGACCCAUCCAAACAUAGUGUCCUUCUAUGAGUGGUAUGAGACAAGCAAACACCUGUGGUUGGUAGUGGAGCUCUGUACAGGUCUGUAUUAUUUUCUGGUACUCCAGAUAAAUGGUCAAAAACCUUUUUUGGAAACAGCUUAUACUGUUUAUUGGUCACUACAGGAUCUGAUAUGAUGAAUGUAUCUUUUUAAACAAGGCAGUUUUAGAAAUAGUAAAUAUCCUUUCAUUCAAGUUUGUCUGUAACCAUUUCUCUGCAUUCUUAUUUUGUUUUGGUUCCCAACCUUAGCAACUCAGUAGUUUUAAUAAAGUAAGUAUUAUCAUUGUAUGGACUCCCACCUUCACAGGAUCAGAAUUUAUGACAUGAAAUAAAGAGUUGUUUUAAUGAAACAACUCAGCAAGUGUUGGUCUUUGUAAUUUUCUUCUCUGAGCUGCUUGCUCCUUUUAAACUGUGAUGUCUGUUUUAUCUUUUUGUCACAUCUGUCUAUCAGGUGGUUCCCUACAGUCAGUAAUCAGUCAUGAUGGCUGUCUGUCAGAAGAUGUGGUUAAGAAGCUUGGAUGGGACUUGGUCAAAGGACUGAAAUACAUCCAUGAGUUGGGAAUUAUUUUCUCUGACUUGAAUCCUGCUAAGGUUUGUACCUGAAUCCCUUCUCAUACAAGAGAAGACUGCUGGUGUAAUGCCAUGCUAUUAUUACAACAUGAUAUAAUAAUACUCCUGUGUUUUCCAUAGAUCCUCCUGGAUGGUAGUGGCAUUCUGAAGUUAAGUAACUUCUGUUUGUCCAAGGCAGCGGGGGAGACACUGGGAGAUUUAUUUUGCAUGCUGUCUAUAUCUGAGGGUGUAGAAGAACAAGAACAUAAGGAUAACUUUGACAACUUGCAGAAAAGACUCAAAGGUAAGAAAACACUUUAAAGUACCUGUGAGGAACUUUAUGCUUUUGUUAAUGUUGGCACCCAAUGAACAAAGAGGUAACUCUUUUAUCUUUGCUCAUCUCGUAAAAUCUGGCAACAACCAUAUAAAACUGAUAUUAAACUAUAUUAAAAAUAAUAUAGAAAUCAUCAGUCUUUUUGCUAAUGGUCUGGUUUACUUUUAUAAGUCAUUAAAAGUCAGAGUUUAAUGUAUUCUAUUUCAUAACAAGCCAAAAACUCCUCACAGGAGCGUUAAUCAUGUUUCCUAUUUGCUGCAUUCAACUAAAAGUACAACAGGGGGACAUGCAUGGUUGGGUUGUAUGUAUGGUUUAUGCAACAACAUGAUACAUACAGGAGUUUAGGUUAAACCAAAAAUAACUGAUUGAUUGUGAGUGAGCAUGUUAUUCACUUAAGAGAAAGUGUACUGUUUGAUAACCAACUGAAGGAGUGAAAUUCCACCAGUAGUUGAAUAAUUGCUUUAACAUUAUGCUUCACAUAACACAAUAUAAAGAGCAAGAAUAUAAAAGCUUCUAUUCAUGUUGAGUUUCUUUGUAGAUGUAUAGUCAUAGAUGUUCUGACUCUUAGAUAUAACAGUAUCUGUAUUUUCAGGUUUUCCAGCUUACAGUCCUCCAGAGGUUUUGCAGGGCUCUGAAACUAAUAUGAGUUCUGAUCUGUGGGCUCUGGGUUGCAUACUCUACUACAUGUACACAGGUACCCAUGUGCACACGUACACACACUAGAUAUGCUUGCAGUGGGGGGCUGUACAAAAGUGGUGAACAUAUGAGGGCAGAAAGAAUGAUCUCAAAUGAGAAGUUAGGAGGUUUAGAGAAGGAAUAAUAAACCAGUUAUGAUAUUUUUUGGAAAGGGAAAUCAAACAUUGGAAACCAAACUUUAGAAUCUCAGCAAAUCUCAAAAAUAUACCUUUGUGCUCUGCUAUUGUAAACCUUAACCUUUCCUGUGUCUCAGGUAACCCUCCAUUUUCUUCUGAUAGCUACACUGAACUUACUGAAAUGAUUUUACAUCAGGAACCACCACCUCCAAGACAGACAGGUAACACACACCCACUGACAUACAGACAGAGACACACAUGCAAAACACUCAUUCACACAAUUAUGAUAACAAUAUGUAAUGUUGUUCAAUGUCAGAAGUUCUACUUGUUGAGGAUGUUUAUUUUUCUUGAGAGUCAUUGUUUUGGUGUUUUUAUUUUUGAUUUGUUCAUCUUCUGAAUUGUUUGUUGCAGUGUUUUCAUCUAACUCUCCGAGUGAGGAUUUCCAAGACCUUCUGAAAGGGUUGCUCCAUAAAAAUCCACAGCAGAGGUCAGGUUUAUAGAUACAGACACACAUACACUCUACAUAAAAAAACAUACCUAAACUUUUUCUUUCCUGCUGUUGCUGUAAGAGCUGACAUAAAACACAUUUAAGGUUGGAAAUUCUGCCAGAGAGUUGAAAGAGUGACUUUUUCUAAAAACACAGACUGAUCUUUGACUGCAAAAUGUCCCUCAUAUUUACAUAAGAAUCAUGUCUUUGAGUCUCUGUUUUGAUUUAUUUAUUUGUGUUCAGGAUGGACUGGCCAGAGUUGGUAAACCACCCUUUCUGGUCAGAAGUACUUACAGAAGAAGGAGAUGUUGAAGAGGAAGAUGAUGAAGAAGUGGAUCAGGAGGAUAGAAAUGGCUUUGGGGCCGUUGGUUCUGAUAGCUCAAGGUUUGUUUAAGUGCAAUUAUUUGCAAAAUUGCCAUGAACUUUUUUGGGACAGUUGAAAUGUUAUGUUUCAGUAUACUCUCAGUGAAAAGCUUGUGUUUGUGUGUUUUUCAAAACCCCCACAGACACAGUAGGAUCCCUGACACUCUCACUCCAGGAGAAGCAGACCAGCUUCCAAACAACUGCUCUGUCAUCCAGCAUUCAGCCCACAGGAUCUCUAAGGAAGUAAUCUCGUCACAGAUUACAACUUCAACCGCUCACAGUCAGUCUGACAGAAGGACUGAUUCCCUGCACUCUAUCAGAGACUCUCCCUGUGGAGUCUUUAGGAAAAGCCAGGGCACCAAUCAGGAGGUGGGCUGGGAGAAAAGAGAGGCGGAAGAGACAAAGACAGAAGAUGAUCACAAGCUAACUGCUUCCCAACAAAUGAGCCACACUCUGCUCCCCAAUAAGUCAUUCACAAGAGGUAACACAUAAUCAAUGUCUGUGCUGAAUGUUUUCCAAGCAAGUUUCACACAGAUUAUAUAAAGUGAGUUAUUUUUACAUCAAACAGGUCUUUCACAUUUACUUCCACUUUUAACAUGUUGAAGUUAACAUGAAGUUAACAUGUUGAUUAGGCAUUAUAUACUCUGUAGGUGUACUUUUGGUAAGCAAGCACCAUCAUCAUACCUAAGCAAGGACGCACCUGAGUGGCAACUCAUAACAAGAAAGCAUGACUGCAAGCCACACUUUUGGCAUAACAAUGCUUCCCCCUUCAGGGCAAGAGGAGUCACUGUAUGGUUUGAUGAAAAUAAAAAUCAUCCAGCUAGUUUACCAGGGCCUUUGCAAGUACAAGACCUCAAUCUAUUUGCACACUUAUAGUAGACUUGUGUUUGAUGUGUUUGACCGUGCUCACCACAGCUAUUAUCAAAAACUGAUUGAGCACUGUGUAUGCUUCUUCCUCCAGAUAAUGUAUCAGUCCUCAGGCCAAAGAGUGGGGUGGAUGAGGAAAACACUGAGGCCAUAUUCCUGCUCAGGUAUUGAGUUCAGUCUAUUUGCUGCUGCAUGCCCUCAGUUUUGCUGAUAUACCAUAAUUGUUUUCAUAUUUCUCUAUAUAAGCAAAUUAAAUACCUUAAGCACUUUUCCUUGUAAGAUAGAUAUUUUGAAAUAUGUGGCAUUAGUGAAUUAUUGCCACUGAUGAGCUCUUCAAAGCAAGCCACAGUGCAUCCGUCUGUUGUUCAUGAAUUUAUUCACGAGUCAGAAUUAACUAGCAGUGGGUUUCAGUAUUAUCUCCCUUUUGUCUCUCUAGCUCCUGUGCCAAUUCAAGGCGAAGCUGCACUGCCUCAGAAUCUCAAAACAAGACCCCUGCAACUCAGGUUACAGUUGCUCUUUACCCUGAUGUUUUCACAUUUUCACAGCAGAGACAAGUAAUUGGUGGCAAUAGAGCAUAAGACAUGAGGAGGUUUUCUUUCCCACUUUUUUCUAACUCUUCACAAAUAUUAAUAACUCUGUUUUCACUGAUUUUAAGGAGAUUGCUCUCCUUAGCUCUUACAUGCUGGAGUUCCUAGUAAAUGCUUCACUCCUUUACUGUUGAGGUUUGACUGUUCUGCUCUUCUAUCAUUUUUUUCUUUUCCUAGGCCAGUACUGAGGCCGAUAUCACAUCUAAAGUGAAAUCUCUCAUCUACACUGACUCUGAUCUGACUGUCACCCCAAUUAUAGACAACCCCAAGGUACAGACAUGCAGUAGUUACUGAGGCUAAUAUCAUGGUGUACUUGGAUACAAAUUUGUUGAGUAUUUUAGCACCUACACAUUUCCAGUAAUAUACCUCAGGGUUUCCCCUACAUGCAAUUGAACAUGGCUGAAUAAAAGCCUCCAAAACUUCAAAAUGAGGUGUUUUCUUAUGUGGCUCUAUCUUGGCCUUAUAUGUAUCGGUAUACAUACGUGCACGCGCCUAAUAUUAGGAUUCGUGAGUUAUCGUCGGCGAUGUCACUGCUGAUUCAUUACCCCCCCAACCCCCAUUAAAUAAACACCACAGUUAGAUUCCCAUUCUGGGGGAAACACUGUACCUAAUUGUGAGAAGCCCCUCCUGCUCCAUAUGAUAUAUGUCAUUAUAACCCCAUUACAUCAUUAGAUUGUAACCAAAAUGAAUACAGAGUUAUAACAGAUGACAAUAGCUACACUGUCUAGAACUGUGAUAUGCGUAUCAGCUGGCUCACUGGGUCACCUCUCUUUCUAUACCAGAUUCUCAAGAGUCCUCCUGUGAGAUAUGAUCCCAAAACACUUUGUGUGCCAGCAUAUUCAGGUGUGGUGAAUUCAUUUAUGGGUCCGUUUUAAAUAAUAUUGAUCUUUUAUCAGAGGGUGUGUAGGUUUUAUGGAAUGUUUGGUUACUGGCUCCAGCGUGUUUCAUUAAGGAUGUCUCCUCUUGUCUCUUCCAGUUGAGAAGCUGCAGUCUCUUAGUGAUGAAGAGUGGACUGUCUUGCUCUCACAGUUCUGUUCAUCCCUUGAAGAGCAGAGUUUCUCUGCUGCCUCUCCACCUCCUACAGCCACUCGCUCCAAACUCAACCUGCUGUGCUAUCUCUGCUGUGUUGCUGGGCACAAAGUUGUUGCUAACAGGCUGAUAAACUCAACACUGGUAGGAGAAUAUCUUGUGACUUAAGACCCCUGUGAAAAACAUCUUGCCCCUUUAUAGGCUGAAUCAAAAAAAAAGUUUAAAGUUGUAGGCUGUAAUUUUGACCUCAUCAUAGGGAGUCCUUGCCUCUUAUGUAACAUUUUGCAGCAUUUUAUUCUGACCUUUUGGGGAAAUGCUUUACCAGGGAGCUGUAAACUUGGUACCUACCAUUGCUCCUAACUUGUCAUUAGUCAAGUGGGAGUCAUUAGUGCAGUGACAAGGCCAAACAGCUCCACUGAAUUAUUCAUCGCGAAAAGCAGAUUUCUCUUUUUACUGUCUUUGAACAGAAACUGAGAACAAACCUUUUUCUACAACUGAGGAUUUAGUAAAAUGUUAAUAUCAGAGAAAAUCCACUUUCAAGCACUUUAGAGCUGAUAUAACAUGGUCGACUAAUACUUGAGUCCACGGUACUGAUAAAGGGUACUGAAACUGAUCACUUUUACGCAGCAUCAUGAUGUAGAUGUGAGUGAUUCACAAGGACUAUAAGACUGAGUUGUGUUUUCUAUAGAUUGUGUUAUGAUUUAAAGAAAAAUGCAGCCAAAGAUGAAUGAUAAUGAUGACAUUCAACCUUGUUUACUUUUUUCUUUCCCACUGAUUUUGGACAGCCGAACAGACUUAUAAAGAUCUCUUGUGGCAAUUUUCUACAGAGACGAUCAGUUUUUGUUUAUAUUUAUUUCAUAAAGCAUUUACUUCAGCUCAGCAAUAUUGUCUCUCAUCUGUUAGCAGUGUUAAAAUCUCUCAUGUUCACUAAUUAGACCCUAAAGGUAAAUUUCAAUAAAGUGUAUCAUCUGGCCAUGCUUAUAUGAGGUUCUAAAGAAUCUGUCAAAAUUGGCACAUUUUGGAGUUACAUUUGUUAGACAUUACUUGUUUAAUUUUCUUUUUCCCUCUUUGCUGUCUCGCAGCUACCAGUACUGACUCAUCAGUUACGACAUGCUCCCAUCUGGGAUGUGUAAGUGCAUUCUCUUGUAUUCUCUCAAUAAAACGGAAAGCAGCACUAAAGACCUAAAGAGUUUAAGAUAUGACUUCUUGAAAAUAUUCCCAGUGUCUCUCUUUGCUUAUUUGGUUUUAAAAAACAACCUUUUGCACUUUUAAAUGAUGUUUUCCAGGAAAAGCAAGGCUCUCAGAGUAAUCGGUCUCCUGGCUCUGCACUGUACCAAACUUGAAGAGGACAGUUCUGUGGCAGAGGUCUGUACUAAAACACACACACACACACACACAGAAUUUGAUUUCAACUCCAUCAUGUGUCCACUGCAAGCUCUCGUUUUGUAUUAAAUUUUACUUCCAGUUUACAUCUGAUUGUACAGCGUACAGUUAAUAAUGUAAAGAAAAAUCCUUUAAUUUUCUUUCCAAAUAAGGAACGGUUGAAGUCAUACUGAAGACAAAAUAAAUUGUCAGUACUUCAGAUUUUUAAGUGCUUUUGUCCUGCAGUGUCAUUUUACAUCACAGGGUGGCAGUAUGCAAGAGAAGUCCUGGGUAUGCUUAUGCCAGUGACAGACUUUCAAAGCAAAUAAGGACAUACAGUACUUGACAAAUAAAUACCAAAAGUCUCAAACUACACAGAGAGACAACAAUGGUGUUAUGAUCAGCAGAAACCUUUACCUUGGGUUGAAGUGCACAUCUAUGAUUGUGUGCAAUCUAAGUGUUGUGUCAUAUAUUUUUUAAUGCUGUUUGGACAACCACAACCAGGCAAUAUCCGGGGGGAAAAUGUGUUUCCUGCUCCCUGAAAAAGGAUGUGCACGGGGUUACCUGUUUUCUCCAGCCUUACUAUAUAGUACAAGUUUAUACCAGUAGGUGGCAUUAAAAACCAACAAGACAACUUGAUCACUGGAUGGGCAGCACCCCCCCUCUCAUAUGAACCAGAACCCUCCAAAGUUACCUAAGUUUUUGAAGCUUUCUGCUCCUAGCCCCUCAUUGUGGUAAAAGUGAUGGAGAAGCACCAUCAUGGGCCCUUCAUUGCAAUAUUUUCAUCAACAUCAGUUUUACCGUUCACAGCUGCAUGUAGAGUCCUAGCUUAUGAGGAUGCUAUGAUGAUAACAAGAAGUGCUGAUCAUUGUUAUUUAUAUUGGUUGCUAGUUCAUUUGGCAAAGAUAUUUUGCCAUUAUUUUCUGGUCAGACUUAAGUUAGGUUUGUUUUUAGAUAUCAGGCCCCUAAUGUCAAUCCAGAAAUGUGAAAAAAAAAGUGGGAAAAAAAUUACAGAAACUUUUGAAAUAACAUAACAGGGAUCCCUAAUCCAAGACCAAUAGAAAACUGCUUUUGUACAGUAAAAACAGCAGUGGAAAAUACCUAACAAAUAAACUAUCAGGGUUUUAAUGAGAACACUUACAAUAGUAAAAAAAAAAAAAAAGAAAAUCAAUCGUAGUGGGACUCAAAGUACUGUCUGUACCUUUCCAAAACCAAUUGAACAAAAGACUUAACCCUUAUAGCCUUCAUUGAUAUAGCACUCAGUCAAAGACUUUAUUAUUAAACUUCAUUAGCUUUUUCUUUUUGUACCUAUUACAAUGUCAACAAGUGUUUAUAGCAACAUCCAAGCUGUCAUAAUAACCUGAUAAUACCAUACACUGCGUAGGCUCAUUUACACACAGUUGUUCAUGGACAGGUACACUGAGAGGCUGUUCAUAUAUCUGACUAAGCCCCCCCCCCUCCAAAGAUACACACUUUCCUGACACAGUGGUGCAGUUUUGUAUGGAGGCGAAGUGUUAGCUUCUCUAACUUUAGUGUUCCACCCACCUCAAACAGAACUAAACACACUUUUUUCUGUCUCCCUCUUUUUUUCUACCAUCUCUCGUCUCUUUGUCUCUCUGUCUGCUCGUUCACAUCCAUUUAUUCUAAAUGAAAUCUGUUUUCGCCGCAGGAGUUCUGAUAUCACAUCCGCUUCCAUUCCUUGUUCGUCUUUUUCUUCUCUUUCACAACUUGUACUGACACCUUACAGCUACGGAGUCGUCACGGUGAUUUACAAAAUGGCCGACCGUGGUGUAUCAGUGGUUUUUCAGGGCGCUUGUUGUUAAAGACAAAUGGCGGAACAUAUUUUCUGCUACCCUCCUAACAUCCCUGCUGCUACCGUAGGAUGACAAAUUGUUAAGAAAAGGACAAAGCUGUUCGUUGUGCUGGUGUGUCUUUGUGUGUCCGUCUGUGUCUAUGACCGUGUGUCCAUCUAUAGACUCAGCAGGGGUUCUGUGUCCCUCUGUUUUUAAGUGUGCACGGGCUUUUUCAGACAUGUUUGUGUGUUUACCCAGCAGGGGUCCUCUGUAUGUAGUUCUGUGUGUCUGAGCUACUCUGUUACCCUGUUUGCGUGUGCGCAAGUGUGAGUGUGUUUGUGUGCACAUGCAGAUGACCAAUAGAACUACAAAUACUUGUGUGUGUUUUUUCUCAGCAGGGGUUCUCCUGCUGCAGUCUUGUUGAUUGGAGUGUCAGGGCUGGGCUUAGUCACUAUGGUUACUGCUGUAUGCCCCCCCCCACCCCCCCAAAAAAAAAAAUCUCACUCACAUAAACACAUAUACACUCCUGUCUUUCUCUGUCACUGUCACUUAUACCCCUCUUUCCGUCCUUUUCCCUCGCUCACCCCUUCUCUUUCCUCAAGUACAUUUGGGAGGGAAUGAAAUUUUAUGGUUUAAUGCCGCUAAUUUAAUCUUUGUGCAUCCAUGUGGGUUUAGAAGCCGUGCUUUCCAAACCAACUCAGUAUCAUUUUCCCCCCUUCACUUUAUCAUCCCCUCUAAAGUUUUGUGUGGCUUUUACAACGGGUUUGCAGUAAAGCCUACCCUUUGCAGAGUGUUUCAUGGAGUCUUAACGUAUUCCGAAGGCUUACAGCGAUCUUUAGAAGCACACAUUCAGAGGGCAUUAGCUCCAGGAAAUGGGGACACUACUCAGAGUAUUUGCAAGGCAAUGAUGAGGGCUAAAACACUUGUGCUGCACAUGCAACUAAUAACUUGACCGAUGAAAUGAUGAUAAUCUACUUCAGCAGACUAUGAAUUCACAGUCAUGUGGUCUAGCAGAGAGUUUAGCAGUAGUUUUUCAUGAAGGUGUUCUCAAAGUCUGCUCAACUUUUUGUCCAUCAUCUUUUUUUCUGUUCGGUUUCAUUUAUUUAUCCUAAAAUGAACAUGGUGCAUUCGUUUUCCUCCUUUGCCAUUAAACAUAUGAUAUGACACAUCCGCAGCAGUCCUUUACUACUAUGUUGCAAUUUAAUCCUGGGACUUCUCAGGAAGGUGCGAGCUCGCUCUGUGUGAAAAUAAGCAAAUUUAGGUGCAAAGCUGGGUGUUAGAAGAUAAGAGGGUUACCCCUGACUGCAGUGCUACCAUUCAGCUUUGUACGUUUCUCUCUUCUCUCACCUUUGCAUAGACAAGUCUUGUAUUAGCUUCAAGUCAUGCAUUUUUUUCUUUAUGGUACCUUUAAUCCCCAAACCUUUUCUCUGUAGUCUUUCUCUACACAUCUGACUGUGCCAAGGGUUGUCAUAACUGCUUAGGAGCACUAUUUGUCUGUGUUGUAUUUUGUGUGUAUGAGUGCAGAACCUUUGUGUUUUGUGUUGGGACAUCUUUUUAUUCCCUGCAGCACAGUGUGAGUGUUGUUUGUGGAUGUUAAUUAAGUGCAUAUGUUUAUGUUUACUUGUGUGCAUUCAUUUGCAUUAUUUGAUCUGAGAGGAUGUUGAUGCUGAGAUAAUGAUAAUAACAGUGUGUGUGUGUGUGUGUGUGUGUGUGUGUGUGUGUGUGUGUGUGUGUGUGUGUGUGUGUGUGUGUGUGUGUGUGUCUGUGUGUCUGUGUGUCAGUGUGUAGGCAGGAGGGCUUUUUUGACACUGGCUCAGUGCACAGGGCCUCUUUUUAGCAGCCUCUGCCUGAGAGCAGCUGCAUGAUCGGCUCCAGAAGAGAGUGAAAGAGAGGAAUGCAGAUUUAUAAUGCUGAAGAGAACCAAAAGAUGCCUUUUUGGCUGCCCAUGUGCAUGAAUUAGUGGUUUGUUUCAAAAUAAGUUAAGCAGUCAUAUAAAAAAUACUGGCCUUACACACAGAUCCACUUUGGACACCAAUGGCUAACUGGUACUUCACCAAGCUCAUCCAUGGCUCAGCAUGAGGUUACACCAUGGUGCUUGGGCAAAGAUAACAGGAAGGAACAAGUCUUCUGAGAAAGAGGAAGAUAUGUAAAGAGAGAACAUGACAAACAGACUUUAACAACUUCUCACCCUACAACAAGAAAGAGAGACAGGAGGUGAGAGACAGGGGGAGAAAGACUGGGAGAUACGAGAUACAUACAUAGAGGGCAGUUCAAAGCAGAGAGCAGUGAGAGAAAAAAAGAGGAAAGACAAGUAGAGAGAAUAACAAUAGAGAAAAAAGAGUGAGAACAGAGAGGGACUGAAAAAUAAAAAGUGAAGAGGGAGAGAUGGAGGAGAGAAGCUGAACUUGCAUCAGAUCACAGAGGGGGGAAGCUGGCGGUAAUGCUAAUGCCAGGAAGCAGCCAGCCAGGAAACCUGUCUCUGCAUACACUUAACUGUGUGUCUUUGUGUGUGUGAGUUUGGUGUGCAUUUCCAGGAGUGAUUGCAGAAGUUUGUGUACCUCUGGGUUUGCAUAAUUUUUAGACUCAGAAUAUACAUGUGCAUGUAUUGUGGUGUGUGUAUUUAUAUGUGUAUUUUUGGCUUUUUAGUGGCUUCUAGUGAUUUUUUUGUUGCUGCUGGCCAGUGCAUAUCUCAGUCCUCUAUCUUUUCAAACCUUUUAACCUGGUUAUACAGUAUGUCUACAUCUCUCCAUCAUUAUUUAAAAAAAAAAAAAAGCAGUCGAGACAAAAACAUGAUUUUAGAUAUAGGAUAAAGCAAACUAAACAAGACAAAUAUAAGUCCAUGACAUGAAAACAGGUAACGCACCAAAAAGAAUAUAUGUAACCAGAGCUGAUCAAUUUAAUAAGUUCGCAGUUCAAUAUGAAAUAUUAAGACACAAAGAAGUUAACACAUCAUUACAUUUGAAAAGAGAGCUGAUGUACUGAGGCAGCUUCUGCUGUGUUUAUUCUUUUCUUGUUUGUGUAUGGCUCUGCUGAUGCAAAUGCGUGUCCCUCUUUCCCCUCUGUCCAGGUUGUGUCCAUGCUAACAGACCUGCUGAGAGAGAACCUAAGGAACUGUAAAGUGAAACAGUUCUUGCUGCCACCACUAGGGGAGCUCCUGUACCUCAUCGCCUCUCAGGUACAGUCUGCAUUACAGAAGCCAUUAUGAUAAUACUAUUGAAGAUACUGUAGCCUAUUGAUCCAAAAGAAUCCUAUUAAUUAUACAAGCAAAGCAAACUUCACUGGUGAGAUAUAGGUGCAUACAUACACUAGUUUGCAUUCAUAUUAAAGAUAUGGAAGAGAACUAUUGCAAUAGGUCCAUAAACAAGAUUAAUUUACCCUCUUUUAAUAAAGACAUGAUCAAUCAUCAACUUAAUGAAAAAGCAAUGUGGGAGAAUGCAAAGCACCUGUUUUUAGAGGAAGUAAGCCUUAGAGGGGGAGAAUUUGUUGUUGUUUAUUGUGUGGUGUGGCAGUGGAUGAGUGAAAAAGGAAGAAUUCCCCGGCAAAGGGAGAGGCCGGAUGCAGGAACUCAUCAAGUUGCUGAUUAGCUGGAAUUGUGUUGUAAGGCUCCAUUUGCCACUAAGUUUGUUUCUAUUCACAGAGCCAGGGCUGUUUACUGUCACCAGAUUGUGUUUACACUCACACUCUGGGGUGUGUGACGGAUUGCUAUAGGAAAUAUUUGCUAAACUUGGCCAAGCACAUUGGACACAAAUCAUCAUCCAGCUUUGAGGCUGACCACAUCAGAAACCCGUGUCAAAAAUCAGAUUCCUGGGCCUCUCUGAGACUGCUUAUUAUUGGGCAUUUGAUGUUGUCUGCAUCAUCAUGUAAUGUAUAAGCUUGUAGAUUACAUUUCAGAUAACUACUCCUCUAAUUUCUAAUGAUUAAUAAGUCGAUGAAGGGAAAGAUGAGUCAUUGAGUCCAUUGAUUCAAGGUAUUUAUUUUUUUCCUCAUCCAGUACUACCCAUCCUGCCUGUAACUACUUUGAACAAUUGUAGGCUCUCAAGCUUAUCUCUGUUUUCUGUUUGCUAUGCAAAAUAUACACAAACAGCACUCAAGACAAAUAAGCUACUAGCAUUGUAGACACAUAGUUAGCACUUCAGCAGGUGGAUUUUUAAAAGAGGAUAGUGAAUGUCAUGUCAUCGUAAAAAAAAAAAAAAAAUCUCUUCUUAACUCCUAGGUUAGUAAUGCAACAUGACUUCUCGCCUCUGUGGUAACGAGAUGGAUUAAACAUUUAACUUAUGUUAGAUGUAAGAAAGAUCAAGUUGUUUUCUUAUUGUUCAGUGAGACAGACCAAUCUAGAGUGGAAUGAACAAAACUGAGUGCCCUGCCAUUAGGUAAUGGAAUUUAAAUUUACAUGCUGGCUAAAUUAAAUUGAAAGCAAAUUGACCUCUGGACCUGAAAAUUACGAGAGAAGGAGCAGAGGAGCCCUCAUUUGACUUCAUUAGAAAAGGUGAUCCCAAUUUAUUUCUGGUUAACCUCAAUCUAGCCGGCCAAGUAGAUUAAGAGUAGGAUUUUUAUUUACACGACUGAUGGAUAACCUUCAAAAAUCAAUCACCUCGCCUGAUUACACUUAUUACUCUCCUGAAGCCAUGGAAAAUCUCAUCAGCGUCCCGAAAAAGCUCCUAAGAAAUUGACUUUUCAGCUCCUGCAAGACGGACUGUUUCCCUCUGAGCUUUUUCUGAACAAAAAAAAAUAACAUGACAAUUAACUGAUUAUUUUCCCUAUCCCAGACAACAAUGACAGCUGUUGCACAGCACAAGUCUCAGUAUUUGUGAGUAAAUAAGUUAAAAAAAAAAUCAAUCAAUCAAAAAAGCUAGAUAUUUCAGUUUUCUUUCCUCCAUUGAGAACUUUGAAGAACACCCAUCAAUUUAUUAAUAAUGCCACAGAAGUUUUACACAGAGGAAGUAGUCAAAACAACACAAAUAUGCAUCCUGGUUUGGCCUAGUGGUUAAGUCAUGGCCUAGAGGUCUCCAGCCAAGCAGCCCAGGUUCGAUCCCAACCUGUAUCCCCUUUCUUGCAUGUCAUUCUCUGUUUUCUGCUCUGUCCAUUGUCCUAGCCCCUCAGUAAAGUAAAGGCGUAAAAGUUGAUUACAUGACAUAAAAGAACAAAAUAUCCCAAAACCAAUAAAAACUCAACAACAUGAAAUAACUAGAAGAUCAGUGUUUUCCCUACAUACACUUUAUUUGGGCGGCUUGCCCAAGAAGAUUGAUACCCGCCCAAGAAGAUAAAAAUAGAAUUAAAAAAAAAUGCAGUCAUACAGACACACACACAGCAGGGUUUCCUCCAGAAAAACGCAGCACAGCAUGGGACACGCUGGUGGAAGCGCACCCAAACUGUUGCGCUCUGGCUACACUAACACUGAACAGGCUGCAAGGAAAGCAUCUUGCUGCAUGCAUGUGAAUCAGCAUUUAGACCUGACCAUGAAUCCUUACCAUACAGAAAGGCAUUAGAGAUCUUUUUUUCGAAACAAAGAAAGAUACACUGCUCAGACAGAAACGGUCGGCUUUUUUUUUUCAUUUUUCCUUUGGGUUGUUUGUUAACAAAACAACAAUCUGUAGCAGUCUAAAGUUGUAAACAAAUGCCAUGUGUGAAAAAAUCUUCUCAUUGGUCAGUGUAAUGAUAGUGCACUGUCUACCUUAUGUUUUAUGUUUGUUUUUGCAUCUUUAAAAGUGCACAAUAAAAUGUGACACUGAAUUUAAAACAGCACAUUGUAACAUCUGCAUUUAUUAUCUAUUUAUCAGUAAUACAGUGAAAAUGAGAGGAAAUGUGAAUUAUUUGCCUUGCAAGUCAAGUUACAGUGUGCACCCCUAAAUUUUCUGCUUGCGCUCUUAAAAUUUUUAGUUAGGGGUUACUGUGCUCUUAGCAAAACAAGUUAGCCUGGAGCCCUGUAUGUGCAAUAAAUAACACAUAGUUCAUAACCUUAGUUUGACUAGAUUAUCUUGAAUGUUCUUAUCAAACACCACGGUGCCACCCUGCACCACCCAGCCUAGCCCACCACCACAACUAAAUUCUCAACCUAGGGGAAAUACUGAGAAGAUCAUAUUCGUUAUAUUUUGGCUACAUAGUCACUGCACAUAAACACCCAGAAAGCUGGACAAACCCUAAUGGCUGAAGGCCUACACAAAAAAAAAUUGUCUGUACAGGAUAGUGUUCUGUACAACUUGAGUAGGAAUAUGCACUGAAUAGACACGUAUGUACCUAACAUUGUCACGAUCCUCCUGAUGUUGCACAGGUCCUAUGCUCAACACCAGGUCUAGGUUUUGGCCCUGACUGAUGAGAGAUGGGCUCCACUAGAACUCUAAAGGACUGCUAUAGUAUCUGCAGUGUGUUCCAUCUAUUUGACACAACCAUUAUUAAUUUUUUCAGAGAUUUCGGCCUCAGGAGUUCUUCUGGAUUGGCCACACAGGCUAACCUUACCCUUAUUUUCUUGUGCAGAGUGUGACAGAGCUUCAGAAUUUUAACUGAAAAAUGAUCUGUCACCUCUUGGCCAUCGGUACACGAAAAAGUCCUUUACUUGAGGAUCACACGCUCCUUAUUGGCUCAUUUGUGACAAAGAGGUCAAAUGGUCCCUGUGUUUUUUUUAAGUGUGGAACAAAUUGGAAUUUCUUAAAUGGUGUAAAAACUAAGAACAGUUCCCCCCUCGGUAACUAAUUUUGGCAGGUAUUAACUGCUUCAGACCAGUUUCUCCUCAUUAAAAAUACAGUUUUGAAAAUGCUCUGACCCAGUUAUCUAGCCUUCACGAUUUGAGCCUUGUCAAUGUGGCUUACAUACUUUCCUUUCCCAUUUUUUUCCUGGUUCUUCCACAUUAAUUUCAAAGAUAACAUUUUAACUUGGUGCCAAAUGUAUCCUGCUUCAUGUCAGCAUCAAUUUACAGAGAUUAGGGUUGCAAAAGGGCAGAAAAUUUCCGGUAAAUUUCCAGAAACUUUCAAUGGGAAGUUAAGAUGGGGAAUUUUGGAAGUAUUCCAAAUUGGAAAAGUUCUUGUAUUGUAUUGCAAUAUAAGUGCUCAUUGUGCUUUCUCCUGUUUACAGAUAUUUAAAUGGACUUACCAUUGUAAGUCCAAACAGAGGUGCUCUGAAAACACCCCCAUUAGCACUUGGUACAUUCUUCCUGAUAAAAUUAACCAUAGACUGUGAAUUGACACGGAAAAAAAUCGAGUCAAAUCAGAAUUUUGGUCGACUCAGCACGUAUCGACCAAUAAGUCGACCAGUUGACUACAACUUAACAGCCGUACAAAAAUGCUUACCUGUGUUUUUCUCAUUUGAAAACUUAAUGUUGUCUAAAAACCUUGCAGUGAUUUCACAGUCUUUUAAACAUCCUUUGGUAAACUGGUUAGUCUACUAUUAGUUGGGUUUCCUGUUCAGCAUCUCAGGUUGUUAACAAGACCAACACAAUAGAUCAUGAUCCUUGAUGUCAUCACAACACCUCUUUGAGUUCUAAGUCCAGUCUUCGAUUUCAAGGUUGAAACCAACAGUGACCAAAGCAAGUCUAAUAUGAUAAAUAUAAUCAGGCGUAGUGCCAGGUAUAAUAUUUGUUAUAUCAUCGCAGAAAAUACCAUUAAACUCUCUGAAGUGUCAAUGACAGCACAAGCUGUUCAACUCAUUAUUGACAUCAGUAGUAACUGAUAUUACCUUUCCAGGAAGUUCCAAAGAAAGACCUGAACUCAGGCUGUGAAUUCAUCCUAAUGGAUGAAAUUACUCACUUAUUCAAUAGCUGAGAAAAUGUAUUUUUGAGAAAUGUGGAACAGCCCUUUAAGUGUCCCCAGGUAAAAUCAUCAGCCUUGCUGCUUUUUUCUUGUGUGGCACCAGUCAAUGACAACGAUUAGCUACAGCCUCCAGUGCUGACUUUUUCCUCAAGGUUAGAUGUAGCCUAGAGCCUAAAAAAGUAGCAGUAGAAUAAGCAGUUUCAUGAAAAUGAAAUAAAAUAUAAGUUGAAAUGAUUCCACUUUUGUGGAAUGUAAGAUUGUACUGCUGUGACAGUGUACUUUAUAAAAUGCUAAUAUAGAUAUUAACUUCUAUCAGGAGUACUUGAAGAGUCAAAAAUGAACUGAUAAAGUCUUUCAUAAACAAUCCUUUGUGUAACUUUUGAUAAUGAAUAACACAUUUGUUUCUCUAAAAUCCUGGGGAACAAGUGUUGAUUAAAAAUUGGACCAGUUGAGGACUAAAAUAUCAAUGAGUAAUUAUUGGAAUAAAGGUUAAUUAGAAGUUCAAAGGUUAAUCUUAAGUAAAGUUGGAGGUUUUUGAAAUUCUGUAAUUUUUUAAAAACUUCCAUCCUGUGCAUGGUGAAAGUUUGAACUAUUGUCAUUUUGCUACCACUUAUUCUGUGAAUUAAGACUGUGAUUUACUUGAUAUGACUACACAGCCGAACAAAUUUUAAUUUGAUUAUUUUUUACUCUGCUUACCUUUGCUCCGACUCUUUCUUAGUUGUUUAGGAAGCAUGCACUACGUGUGUCAAGUAAUCAAGAUGUCAUGGCUCUUGAUUUCUCCUCUCCCCACCUGAUUUGGCCCUUUCCUGCCCCACUCACUGCUCUGUUCUUGCAUCUCCUGCACAUUAACUCUCUGCCUCCCUCUGACUCUCCCUCUGCUCCUCCUCUGCCCCCACUCCCCUAUCCGUACCCCCACCAUCUUCCUCCUCUCACCCCUAUCUCCUUGUCUUUUCUGUGUCUCUCUAUCAGGAGGAGAAGAGAGGCUCCCCAGAGGGACUGUGGUUCGUUCCCGCUGCCGCCUACACUGGCUUAAUGAGGAGCCUGCGGGAAGGGGUGAGUGUCUCUGUGUAUGUCUGCGUGUGUCUGUUUUUUGUAUCUGUGCCUGUGUAGCUGUGACUAAGUCUCACUGUGUGCGCCUGCGAGUGUGCAUGCAUGUGUGUAUGUGUGUAUGUGGCAGGGGAUCCCUGUGAACAGUAAUGAUGAGGCAGCUGUGGGGGCCUAAAGCGUUGUUUGCCAGCUGCAAGUCAAGGGCAUGCAGAGCAGUCACACACACAUGCACGCACGCACACUCUUACCUGCAUCAAACACAACCCUUUACUGCUCAGCAGCCUGACCUCAGCAGCAAUUAGGGCCCUCCAGACACACAGAUACAGUAGAUGGAGCAGAAACACAAGCAAAAAAAUCGAGAUAGCUCUCUCCUCUUAGCUCUCUCUGCUGUGCUUACUUUCUCUGUUUCUGCACUGUAUUUCUAAUUAAUUGUACUUCCCCUGUCACAAAAAAAAAAAAAAAAUUAUUAGUGACACACAUACAGAACAACUCCAAAGAUAAAACAGUGUGCCUUAAUAUUUUUAGAAAACAUAUUGAAGUUGAUAUAAGGGCCUGACCGAUAUGGAUUUUUCGGGGCUGAUAACAAUACCGAUUAUUAGGAGGGGGGGGUCAGAUUACUGAUUAAUCUGCCGGUUUUUUAUAUUUUUUUUAUGAAGUUAUAAAAAUGUAUAUAUAUAUACUGUAAAAAUUCUGUAGGCUACUGCUCUUCACGCCGACAGGAAGACCGACUGAUCAAACUCGGUGCCUCCGCGUCUUAACUCACUUUACUCAUUUCCGGUCGGUCUUAUCUGGAGACAUGCAUCUGCCUCAGUAAGAGAAGUAGCUCAAUCAUGUAAUGUGUACUGUUGUUUAUUCUACCGUUACUAGCACGGCUAACAGUGUAGCAAGGCUAAUAGCAGAUGGCUAACUCUAACUUUAGCUUGCAUAUUACAUGGUGCUUUACUGCUAACUCAGCAUCACCGAGACCAGUGAAGUGAAAUCGAACCUUGUUCGCCACAUUUUAUUUCACAAACUAGCUUAUUUACCGUUGAGGCGUAGCUGCCUGCUUCAGGUCUGUCACUCUGCUGUGCUGUGAGGUGGUUGGUGGAUGAAGAUUGUCAUGAGGUCGCUGCGCCAUCAAGCAUAAGUUGGGGGAUAUUUUCAACUGGCGGAACAUUUUUGAAGUGAAACUGAACCUUAUUCUCCACAUUUUAUUUCUGAAAAUAUCUGCGGAAAUCAGCAAGUUUUGUCAGAUUACCGAUUAGUCUCUAACGGACUUAAAUUGGCCGAUUUCAUUGGCUCGCUGAUAAAUCGGUUGGGCCCUAGUUGAUCAUACUGAUUGUUAUUUUCCUUAGAAUAACUGAUAUAUUUUUUAUCUUAUUUUAUUUUGGCAAGACAUUAUACAAAAGAAAAAAAAUCAUUUCAUUAAAAAAAUUAAACAAAAAACUGUUAUUUAAAACAAUGAAACAUAAUACACUAUAUUUGCAGAGAUCUUUUCAGGAACUACACCACCAAGCGAUUCUGAAGUAAAAAAAAAAAUAGGACUACUACGUUUAAAAUCAACAGGUCUACUUAAAACAACCAGUUUUGUGCAUAAAAUGAAUACCGUAUAGAAAGGUAACAUCAAAUCUAGACACUUUCUUUCAGAUUUGACAAAGUCAAGAAAGUUCUUCCGGUGAAAAUGAUAUGGCUGCUGAACAGGGCUGAUUUUGGUGAAGGUGAGACCGAUGGAUACAGUGAACAGCUAUUGCGAUGGGAAGAGACAGAUGGAUGUUGUUUUGUAUCUCACAGUUAUAAGGGGUCUCACUGUGGUGGCCCACUACCAGAAUGAAUAUAGAUGAAACUGUGGUCUGCACACUUGUCAGCUAGUACCUACUGUUGCUUCAUUACCACUGGGAGUGUAAGGGAGGGGGUUGGGGGUGGAUGAACAGAGGAGGGGUAUAUGUGACAGGAGCGUGGUGAGGGGUUGUGGGGAGGAGAGGGAAGGUUGACUUAUUUAUCAUUAUUGAGCUGUGAGAGUAGACUGAUGGAAACACACACACACACACACACACACACACACACACACACACACACACACACAGCCUUUGGGACCAGACACUCAUCCCGAUACCUCCCUGCCUCCCUCUCACUUCCUCUCUUUCUCCUCUCUUUCCUUACUUCCCCUCUGUCUCUCUGUCUACCACUCCCUGACUGGCUGUUUAUUACAGAUGAUGCAUGAGUUUAUUUUGUAUGCUACAAUCAUAGACUUUGUAUAUAUUAGUAACAACUUGGCUCCGCCUUCCGUUGUAUAUGAAUUUGAAGCCAAAUUGCUCACAGUCUUUCUGUGAUUUUCUCCACUUCCUGGAGCCACCACUUGCACAGUAGCGUUGUGCGCAUUCAGCUGGAGAGUCGCUGUGAUGACACUCAGCUCUAAAAGCAUAUCCCUCGGGUUUGGCUACGUUAUCUUUGUAUGCCCAUAGGCUGUAUCAAGUGUCAAUCAUAGAAAACAUGAACCCCUAAUAACUUUUAAAAAUGGAGCUGUACAGAAAAAAGAGGACUUAAGCACAAACCAGUCUUACAAUAACUACAUGUCAACAUCACAACCAGUGGGGAGAAAAAAUUAUAUUCUGUGUAAUAAAUUUCUAAAGUUUGUCCAAGCUCCAUAAAGAUUGCUGGAGAAGACGGGAUUUAUGGCCUAUACUGCAGCCCGUCACCAGAGGGUGCUGUUCUCACGGUGGCUUCACCCAGCGAGGAGGCAGACAGCGUCCAUUCUAUAUCCAGUGUAUGGCUACAACUGUACAUAGCUGUCUAAAUAGUCCUUGUUCCGUGGGAAUUUCACUUCCUGGUGUCAACAAGGUGGUCACAUACUAAAAAUCAACGCAUGCGGGACUUUUACACAUAUGUUUAUAAUUGUACCACUAACUUGCAAAGAUAUCAGUAAAAUAUUAAGAUACCAUAGCCAACAUUUGCAGGCUGUAACAUUGUCCCAGUUAAUGUCAGGGCUUUUACUGACCAGUAAAACUCUGUGUUUUUGUGCCAUUAAAAUCACACCUGUUAGAAAAAGUUUCUUGACAGAAGUAGUUAAUCAAAUAUUUCUGUUAGAUAAACUAGGUUCUAAAACUGAUAUAUAAAGAAGACCUGCUACUUGUCUGAGAAUCUGGCUGGCUUAAAGGAGCAUGUUCUUAGCAGUCAGUCUAUCAUGUUAAGCUCACUUAUCACACUUUACGCAUGUGCCCUCCAGCAAGUCAGUGAAUCACCAAACUUCCAGCAACAUCCAUUUAACAAGGAUGUGCAAAUGAAUUUCUGUGUGCCACUUUCUGCUCUGAGCGGGCCUUCACUCAUCAAACAUGAACAGCUGUGAUAAGCCUCCCAAAGGGCAACUAAUGCAUUCUGCUUCCCUUUGUUUUUCUCUCUCCCUUGAUGAUUACAAGGGGGUAGAGAUGAAAAUUAGCUUAAAAUAACAUAGAUUCUUGAUUUAAAUUUUAAAAUGACAUUAAAAGAACCCUGAUGUUUACUGAGAGGCCUCCACUGGUUUAAGAGCCCUUGACUACUCAAUCAUCAAAGUGGUGAAGAGGUCCAGACCACAAAAUUCUCUGAUAUGCCUGUAUAAUUCAACUCUCAAAAAAUACAUUGUGAAUAUUGUCAUGUGAAAAGCUAAGCAUAAUCAGGGGUUGAAUGGGGCUUGUCUUUCCCAGGACUAAACUACAGGGUGCAUUUACAGUUGUUUGGAGAUGGGUCCAGGGCACUACAUGAGAACAAGGAUGAGAGUGUUGUUUAAUCUAGAUGACCCGCUCCUGCUGGCUAGCUCCAGGGAGCCAGCACAGAUGGGGAGGCUUGUUUAACAUGUAUGACUGUUGAUUUUGGGUUCACAAUCAGCUGCUAGAAAGCUUUUUUACCUUCCCACCUUUGCAGGUUUAUUGCAAAAAUAGGUGCAAAUUUUAAAAAGCUGCAAAAAUUGUUUUGGACUCUAAUCACAAAAAAGUUCAGACACUUUAUGCACAAAUGUCUAUAAAACAGAAAUGGGUGUUUGGUAAAUCAUUUAAAUCCUCUAUUCAAUGUAAAAUAUGUCAAAGACAACUCAAAUCUGGAAGCUGAAAAACUGAAUUUUAUGAAAAGUCUAAGCGAAUUUUUUUUUAAACUUUUUAAAAACAUGCCAACAACAUGCAUUUAAAAAGCAUGUUGUAAAUGAGUACCAUUGUGCUGAAUCAUCUCUUCUUUUUACAAUGCUCUAAAUGUUAAGGAAACCAAUGGGACACGUCCCUAGCAUUGGUAUGGACACUUACCAUACAUUAGUUUGGUACUUUUGAAAUGGGCUUGUAUGAGUUUUUAUGCACUGUCCACAAUGGGGGCCAUUAUAAAUGCUGUGUAAUUUAGCUAAUUUUUCGAGACCCCAACUCCACAGGAAGGGCACGUUCUAUUGAGGACUUUUCCAGCUUUUACUUUGGAUGUUGAAUACAAACUGUUUUAGAACCUAUAGUAUUUGAUUAUGAACCAACUGGAUCAUUAUUACCAAUUGUUCAUGCUUCAGUGCUGACUCCAAUCUUAAGUUAUGCAUUUGGUAUGUGGUGUUGUAUGGAGAGGGAGAUAGCCCUCCAACGUGCUAAAUCUAAAUCCAGUGUCACACACACUGUUCAUUGCAUGACAGCAUUGAGAUACAGCGCCAAGACCUUGUCUAAUGCGCUCCAGGCAGUAUGGUUUUGAUGCAUUUCCUGACCCCCUGGAUCACCCCAGCCUCCUCUGCUGUUGUUCAGAGUCUUCCUGAUUUACAAGUAAAGCACUGGAGAGAGGGAUAAAGAUCAUUGUACAAGACAUAGGGGUCGACUGGGGGGACGCAGAGCCAAAGCAACCAUGGUGGUUUUACCAGUGAAGAGGGAGAGAGUGGGGGAUGGCAGGGAGUGACAGAAAGAAAGAGAGAGAAUGAUCAGUGUAGUGGGAGGGGGAGAGGAGAUGGCAGACAGUCAGACAGGGAAAGAGAGAGAGUUGUACUUGGAGAGGGGGAUUGGAUGGCAUGGAGUGAAAGGCAGGUUUCCAGGCCAGACUUGAGCUGCAGGAAAUUAUUUAUGAGCCUGAACAAGAUGAUGCUUCUGCUGCCUAUGAUGAAAAAUCUGUGUGUGUGUGUGUCUGAGAGAGAGUAUGUGUGUGUGAACAGUAAUACAGUGGUAGAAGCCAGGGGGCAGAAGGCAGAAAUCCCCCUUACACGCCCAUACACACACACACACGCACACACACACACACACACAGGCACACAGUAUUGGUGAGUUCAUUAAUGAUUUAUCACUAUCUUCCACAAAGGAGAGGAGAACAGAGAGGGACUCUCCAAGACAGUCAGGGGUCUUACCCUUACGUCUCUAACAUACAAUGACCACUUCAUAUGCAUGUAAACACACAUGCACACACAAACACAAACACACGCACGCACGCACGCACUCACACACACACAUACACACGCACUCACACACACACACACACACACACACACACACACACACACACACACACACACACACACACACACACACACACACACACACACACACACACACAGGGUGGAGACCAAAGGAACUGUGAUGUCUAAAUUAGCACAGUUUCCUAAAAUGAGAAUGUCUUACAGAAAAGCAGGAAGGUUCCCAAUCUACGUACCUGCUCAUUUACAGCUGGUUUCUUCUUUAGAUUGUAUAUGUAUAUAUAUAUAAAUACAUAUAUAGACCACACUUAUAUAUAUUCUGUUGUUUUUAUCUAUCUUUGUUUUUUUGCCUGUCAAAGCACUUUUUAAACUCUUGUUGUUCAAGUGCUAUGUAAAUGAAUAUAUAUAUAUAUAUAUAUAUAUAUAUAUAGCUUGUUAGCACUUUCUGUCUCUUUUAAGACCUUAGCCUGACUUGUUGCUCUCUCUAAUGUUUUAUACACGUCUCUUCUUUCACGCCUCACUGUCUGUCUGUUAGCCAUUUAAUCAGACAGUCUCUGUCUCUCUUUGACUGUGGCUCUUAGUGGUUUCAGAUGUGCUGUGUGAGGCUGAUAGAUGGUGUCUGUGACUCUGCCAUGGGGGCUCAUUCAAGACCAGGUGCGCUGGCUUCUGAAGAAUAGUAAUUACAGGGGGAAACCACAUCAGACAUGUGAACACAUGCACUUGUGCACACACAGUCUUUGCACAAAUCCUACAUCAGGUCAUGUGGUGUAGUUUUUGUGAUGUGUAUCUCUUUCUACUUGAGACUCCAAGGCCAGGUGCAAACAUGUUUGUAUAAAAAGCUAAUCUACUGAUUGACAUUUGAAGUGAGGAUAUUAUUUUGUUUGGUAUCUGCAGCCUUUCAACUCUUUUCAUCCGUAAACUGAGGUUUUUUCAACUCUUUUAGCCAGGGGUUUAAAGUGCAUAAAUCUUAUCUGUCAGGUCUGUUCUAAAGAAUAAAAGAGAUUUUUAUGUUUUCCAGCUACUAGGAAGGAAGCUUGUUCUGUUGAAACUUGAGUUUAGGGAUGAAAAACUUUUUAAAACCAGAAAACAUCAGGAGGAAAAUGGGGAGAAUUGUCCUGUUUUUUCACCAGUGGUCAGUUUUCCGAUCAAGGAAACUUGUACUGAAUUUGUGAUUUCACCAUUUUUGUUAAUUGGUCUUUCAUUAGGUUCCCACUCAGAAGUCACAAUUUAAUGUUUUAUGUACUUUUUAAAGUGGGUAUAUCAAAUAAUAACAUCUGCCUGCUAAAGAUCUAUAAGGCUAAACUUUGUGGUCUGAAUUACAAAUUAUCAGUCCCUGAAUGCUAUUUUAAAAAUGUGUGUCACAGUUGUACCUUGACCAUAUUUUACUGGUUGAACAGUGGCCGACUCUCAGCUCCCAUAGGUCUCAUGGGGAAACAAAUGAGGUUUGAUUAUAAUAUUUCAAUGUUAAUGUAAAAAGAAUGGUCAGUCAUUAUAUACCUUUAUAUCUGGCAAAGUUUUGUGUGCAAGGAUUGAACAGUUUUGGGGGACCUUUAGCCAAAUCAGGCUGACUUUAUGCUAUUAAUGUAUCUUGUAAUUCCUACAUGAUUGACAUUUUAGUUAUGACAAGUUGAAGUGUGAGAGUGUAAUAUAGUAAGUGUGUCUCUUGGAUGAACUUUUUCUCAUACUAGGAGAAAUUAUAAUGAGAAUAGCGUAGUCUUUCCUACCCCUGUCUCCUCCUUUUUUCUGUCUUCAUCAUAAUGAUGGAGCCUAUUGCCUCAGCUUCUUAUUUCUCACCACAUGUAAGGAAGUCUCUCUCUCCCAUCUCUCUCUCGCUCUCUUUCUCUAUCUUUUAGUCUUCCCCUAUUUUGCUUUCUCUGUGUAGUUCCUGGCAGGGCUACAGUCUAUUAAACACACAGACAGUGGGUGCUCCCCCGUGGGCUCAUUAGUGAGCUGGCCCACGCAGCAUGGGGAAUGCUGGAACAGACCAUUCUGCUGAUUCCCGGAGGGGUGCCGGAGGAUUCAUUAUGUUGUCGUCCUAUGUAGUCCCUUGGUGUUGAAUGCGCAAUAUAAUGUGUUAUAUUGGAUUAAUAGACAGACAAUUUAAGCAGUUAUGAUUUGAAUCUCCAUGUUGAAGCGUAUAGGAAGUGUGCUUGAUUUUUAAAUGAAAUAUUAAGUAGCCAUCAAGCAAAGCCUAACAAUUGGUUCAUUGUGUCUGAAAAACAUCCUUGUAAAUGUCGAUGAGUUUUUGGAAAAGUUAUCUGUCAAAAAAAAAAAAAAAAAAAAGCUUACAUCAUGCUGUCAAUUCAUGUCUUAUCUUAAAUGCAGUUGCAUUGGAGCUCUUUAAGGGAGCAUAAUGAAAUGAAACAUAAGCUGUUUAUUUUUUUUCCAUACAGUAUAUAGCUGGAGCUAGGGCCGGGCAACAAAACGAUAACGAUAUAUUAUCAAAAAUUAAUUUCUCUCAAUAUCAGUAUAAAACAUGGUCAGUAUGCUUUUGGAAAGUCUGCAUUCUGUCAUCUAUUGGUAGACUAUACAAAUAGCCAAUGAAAAAGGGAGUUGCUCCAGGUCGGCUCCGCGCUGAACCAAUCAUGUGCUGAAUUAGAAACAAGUCGCAAACAACUGCGUUGUAGCAGGUCGCAGCUAGACGCAACCAUAGCACUUUAAUACGUGAAGCCGACAGCACUGUCAGUGAGAAAAAAAAGAAAAUGAGUGCUACCCCCGGCAGAAAUGCAGAUGAAGCCCAAACAGAUGAUGACAUUGUUGACAACACUGGCACGAGAACAUUGGUGGUGUGGGGGUAUUUUGUUUUUUUGAGAUCGGACGUGAAGCAGAGUAAUGUGCACUGCAUUAUGUUGAGUACAUGUUCUCGCAAAGUCAGUGAAUACCUCAAAUCUUUUUCACCACCUGAAACAGUGCCACGCGGCAGGGCACACGCAAGGCAAGUGUUACAAACCCGAGUGGAGCAAGGAGCCCAUGGCGCCUGUGCAGCCGAAACAGCCGACCUUUCAGUCUGCUUUCUCUAGUGCAACACCUCACGACAAAAUGGCGAAGAGACACAAGGACCUCACAGAUGCAGUAGCUUAUUGUAUUGCAAAAGACAUGCUACCAAUAAGAACUGUUAAAUUUCAUUUUUUAUAUCGUGAUACAUAUUAGUAUCGACUGAUAUGAAAAUAUUAUAUUUUGAUAAACUUUUUCCCAUAUUGCCCAGGCCUAGCUGAAGCUAUGCCUGUUUGCUAAGCACAGAAAUUAACCCAGGCAAUUAUGAAUGACACAAAGUUGCUGUGAGUUUUAAUCUUCUGGGGUGGUUUUCAGGCCUCACAAGGUGAACUUUGUGUUAAAAUGACAAACUUUGUGUUGAGUAUACUGUUAUAUGUUUUAUAUAUGUUAUAUGUUAUGCCUACUGUUGUUUUGUUGGAGUUUGACCUGAGAUUGCCUUAUUUUUCAUUGUGUGUGUGAAUAGACACAAAAAUGCUUGGAAAGUUAAUCGUGUUAUUUGUGACACACAUUUCUGUAUUGUAAUGUUUCUGUUCUAUGUCAACUGCACAGCCUUUCAUGAGAUUAUAAAUUGUAACCACAAAAUUAAUGUUUUAACUGUUAUUAUGAACCUGAACCACAUAAUACAGUUAACUCCAUUUAUGAAAGGCUCCAUUAUAUCUCAUAUCUAGGGGUUGUAGCGUCUGCGUGAUGUAACACACUGAAACACAAUAACAAUCUGACAGAAGCAAUCACUUCUCUUCUACUUCCUGUCUUUCUCUACAAUGACUUUCCUGGAAAACUCAUUUCCUCAGCCACAGAGAUUUCAUUAGCCUGGCCCUAUUGUCUGAACACAAACAACUCCCGACUCAGGAGAAGGUGUGGGUACAUACAGUAUACACAUACAGCAUUCACACAGAAACCCAAACACACACACAUGCACAUGCACAUGCACAACCUCUCUCUCUUUUUGUAUUGAGGUGAAGUUGAGUGCUAAUCUUAUUGUCAGGUUGUGAUUGUGUUAGCUUUUUGUUCAUUUCUGUCAUUAAGUUUAUGACAUUUUUCAAUAAACAAGUUUAGAGUGUCUAACCUGACAAAACAAACAAAAAAGUGUGUUGUUCAAAAUAGGAUUAUUUUUAUAUGAGAAAUGUUUAAACUAAAAGCACUUUGGUAGCAACUAGCUUUACUUACGUACACUUACACACAUGCACACACCUAGGCAACAGCUGAGCCUUGCUAUGUUUACACAAAUAAAAGAUAACCUUCACUUUGUUGCUGAAUGGCUUUUCUAAUCCCAUGGAUGAGCUGAAGAAACAUUUCAGCAUGUCCUUUAAAACUAUAUUUGUGUUCAUGUGGUCUGUUUUGCCUCCUUACAUAGUCACUAAUACUGAGGUGGGUCACUGGGGUCAGUUCUGUAGAGUUGUUGUUAAGGUCUAAAGGCUGAAAAGUUUUGACAGUAUGUUGCCUUGGAUUGCCUAAAAACUAGAAAAUAAAGAUUUUCAAAGCUUCAAAAAUUUUCAAAGCAAACAUUUGAAGGUUACAUUUUUUCUCAAACAUUUUUAUGCUGUUCUCUUGAAAUAGGUGUUGUCAGUAAAAUUUGUACUUACAGGCCUUACCAGCACCAAGGCUACUGUAUAAAUUUUUGUGUAUAAACCUUUAUUGCCUUCUUGUUUUUCUGCUGUGGAGAAAAUGUUGUGUUUAACUGGCUAUCAUGUUGAAUAUACCUUGUUGGUAAUUUUCUAGUAACUAAUUUUUUAAGGAACUAUGUUAAAAAAUAUUCAUGUAUCCUUCUUUCAGGAUGACUCAGUGGUUCAUCACAUGGCUGCUAAAGCCAUAGAGAACAUCUCCACCUGUGUUUCUGGCGCCACCCACCACCUGGUUAUCCCAGAGAUAGGUGCUGCCCUUUGGUACCUUUUCACUCACUCCAAUGUGGAGGCCGUAAGAGUCACUGCCAUCUCUGUAAGUGAACAUGCAUGAAAACACCACAGUUAUACAGACACAUAUAGAUUAAUAUGAAUUAUUUUGGAAUCUCUAUGAGACCUACAAACACAAUUAUAUAUCAAAUACACACAGACCUACAAAAUCAGCGCAACUAGAAAAAAAGAAAAGAAAAAACAGUAGAAAUGUGUUAUACCUAGAGAAGCUUCCUGCUUAUCCAAAAACUGAACCCUUAUGCAAAACUUGAUCCACUGGGACUUCCAUUGUUUUACCGUAAAUCAUGAUGCAUUUCUUAAUGGUGCAAAGGGGUUUUUCAAGGCUCUUACUCAAAAUCAGAGAAAAAAGCAAAAUGUUUAUCUGUGUCUGUGUCUCCAGUCUCUUUCUAGGCUAACCCGGGUGGUCCCAGCAGUCUUCUUGGCAGUGAUUGACACAUGUGGCCCUGCAGCUAUUUUGGAGGGUGUAGGUGGAGCAGGGGCCAGGGUGCAGCAGCACCUGCUCUCUGCUAUGGCUAGUGCCCUCCUCACCUCACGUAUCCACAGACACCGCAUCACACAAAGCAGGGUAAGUAUAUACCUGGAUAUAAUAAUUUUAGAGCAUCCUGUAAAAUGUGAGCACAAAAACAUGCAGAUUACAUAUCACAACCUGUCGUCUAAAUGUUACAUUUCAUUUAUAUUCCUGCUGGGAAACUUCAUUAAAGGUUUUGAGGUCAGUAAUAGAGAUGGGAGAAACUGAAAUCAAAUAUUUGAAGAGCACAAGAUGAUGAUAAUGCUUUACACAAGGACCAGGAGAUGGAAACACGACUGCAUGAGAAACAAAUGAAACCAGGUUCAUACUUUCUAGAUCUUUAUUUUCUGCACACUCUUCCUCUGACUCUCUUUGUCUCUCCUUCAGUUUUUCUAUCUGUCUCUUUCUCUCUUUCUUCCAUACAGUUCAUGAACUCAGGCUGAACUGUGCGUGAACUAAUUUGUCAGGAAUUACUCACUUAAUUUUUCAUAAGACAGCCCAUCUAGUGUGUGUGCUAAGUGCUAAUCUUGGUAAUGCAGAGGGGCUAAAAUUGAUUUGAAGGUUUUUAAGUUGGAGUCUGGCAUUGGUAAUUGACUCUGAACUGAAUUUAUUUGCAUUGAGCAUUUCCAAUUUAACACCAGAAUACAAACUUAGUACUUCAACUCUGCUCUAAUUAUACACUGAUAUGCAUUCACCCCCCUUCUCUUCCCCCCUCUCUCUCCCCCUUCUCUCUCCCCUGGCACAAAGACAGACAGUCCAAGAGUUUGUUUACACAGAACUCUAUCUUUGUGUGUGUGUGUGUGUGUGUGUGUGUGUGUGUGUGUGUGUGUGUGUGUGUGUGUGUGUGUGUUUGCAGGCAUCUGAGUGAGAGAGUGAUUAUGUGUGCUUUUGUGUGUGUGUGUGUGUGCGCUUGCAUGCAUGGAAAUACACUAAUUUGUAGAGUGUGUCAGUAUCUGGGCUAAUUGGCUGAAUGAAUGCACUGCAGCCGUCUACUUCGGCAAAGCAUUAUGGGUAGUGGGGAGGGACUUAUCAGCUAGGCGCACACUACUGGGCUUUGAAAUUAAUUAACUUUCUGUGUCUCCCCAUAAACACCCAGGCAUGCACAUUAUUGCACAUUAGGUCUCACUCACUCGAUCACACACACAGACAGACACAGGAACACGACAUGCACACCCACACACACACACACACACACACACACACACACACAAGCACAGAGAGAGAGGGUCUAUGUGUAUAUGGUGUUGGUGAUAAUGAUAAUGGUAAUGAAUGUUGGCCAGUCAUAAAUUUUUCCAAACUGUUUCUGCUGCUGCUGCUGAGUUUAUGCAGAAUGAAGUGUUGUCUAAAGUAGCUCUAGGCAUACAAGUUUGUUUGUGAGUGUAUAUGCAGGAACUUUCAUAUAGUGUGUGUGUGUGUGUGUGUGUGUGUGUGUGUGUGUGUGUGUGUGUGUGUGUGUGUGUGUGUGUGUGUGCGUGUGGUUGCCCAUCAUGUGAUAAUGUGGAGUCUGAGCUGAUUAAGCUUAAGCCUGUUUGUUGUCGCUCUGACAGAAAAUGUAUUUUUUCCUGGAUACCUCAGGCCAAAUGUUAAACUGAAUAAUUUCGUAUUCAUUUGAAUAUAUUACAGAGAUACAUUGCUGUAAUAUCUUUUGAUGCAAUAAACUUUGAACAUAGCACUGUAUAUCGCAGGCAUUUUCCACCGUUCAUACUUGGUACUGAGCUACUUCUAUAUGCCUGGUAUGCUGCCGUAUUAACAUUUAUAUGAUACUUUGCAAAGACUGUUCCUGACUUGUAUUUAGAUUAGAACACAUUGUAUCUUGGACUAUAGAACAGCCAAUAUAUUCACAACCUGUCAGGAACUUUUGCUUUAUUCAUAUGUGUGUUUGUGUCUUGUAGGAUUUGGUGUUGAAGGUGCUACGCUGUCUAGAGAGUCCAUCCACGGUAACAAGAGCCAAAACACUACUACUGCUGCUGCUACUAAUACAGGACAACACGCACACGCUGCUUCACUGCUGUCAGCACAGGUAAACACCCACUCACACCCAUGCACGUGCACACACUGGGUGCCCAUGCACUCAAACACAGGCAAAGCUUCUAUUUCACAAAUAUGUCACUAAAACAUCCUACUAGACACACUAAGCAUCCUUAUUCUUUGUCUCAAUUUGCAAACACCAAAGAUCCGCCUACAUUAUGUCACCUGCUCAACCAAGCAAGGUUAAAGGGAAAUCCACCUUUUUUCAUUCUCUGAUCAGCCUCGUCAUUAUGAUGCUGCUUUCUGUCCUCUUCGCAUGUUAACAUCCACUUGUCAGUGCUCAUUAUGCUUACUCUACUCUGGUUGGGAGGAAAUUUACCAAUUUAACCAGACACAGAAACAUGCAACUUCAUUUCCAAUUCAAAGGUUAAAAAACUGCCAAACUGACUGUCAUUGUACUUUGAGAUGCUGUCUGCUAUUAGCUCAGGUACAGUUAGGACAAAAAAGCCCUUAGAGAAUCAGCUUUUCAAAACAAAUCACAUUUACUUAAAGAGCACAUUGAAAAACAGCCACCGUUGACCAGUGGGGAAUCAGAAAAGAAAAACAAUAAAUGAUUGAAAGUUUAAAAACCUAAGACUUCAGUCUAUUAAAAGUGGCUACAGUGAGAUUUUAAUGAAAGAAUGUUAGCUGUUCCAGAGUUUGGGAGUGGCUACAGCAGAGGCAUAGUCAUCAUAGCCCCGCUCUCACUGGGCCAGAGGAUAGUCAAUUGGCCAAACUUUCUGACAUGUUCGAAACUCAUCCAACAAGUCUGGAGUAGUUGAUCUGGCUGUGAUCAGCUCUUGUGCCCCCAUGUACACUGCACAGGGUUAGGCCUCUAGUCACACAGUGUAUGUUCUGCCUUGUUGAAAUCCAGAUACAUUUAUGCUGUUUGCUUUAGAAGAGAUUUCUACUCAUUUCUACUCAAGUAUAGUUUUAGAUAUUUUUAAUUGAAGAAAAACAUCUUAACUUCACUGUAGAGUUCUAAAAAGAGGAUCCUGCUUAAGAGAUGUAUCAUAAAUUAACAGUACUGUUAUUUCACAGCAUAGUAUCCCCCCCGCACCUCCAUACUGACUGUGCUGAGUUUUGGACCAGUGAAGCACCUUCAUAACUCUGCUCAGUCUGUCAGACUGCUGGCUAAUUAGUUUCUCUGGAAUGCAGUAACUCGUGUUCACACAUACACUGAAGUGUCAGAGAACAAACAAAUAGCAUUUGUGAAUUGAAUUCCAUUUCAGGGUGGGAUUCCCUUUUAAUUAUUAAACUGUAGCUUUCUGAGUGUGCUCUGUUCGCCUGCUACACUGUGCUAAACUAAAUCCCCCCUCAGAGUGCCGAGUGUUUGUUUGUGUUUGGGGUGGGGUGGGGUUGGGGGGUUCAAACUGUGUUCAAAGUUAUUCUUUUUAAGAACUUGACAUUUGUACUUUUUUAUGUUUAUUUAUAAGAUGCCACAACACAUAUAAUAUAUAUGUAGGUUGUGAUAUGGUUUAGAUUGAUUGCUGUCCACUGCUUACUCAGAAGUCUUCUUUGGUUAAAAGAAAAGAUCGACUGAUUUCCUUUUUUGUAGGGCUGAAAUCAAUACCGAUUAUUAUAAUCAAGGAAACCAAUAACUGAUAUUUAGCACCAAUAUUCAUCUGUAGUAAAUAUGUAUAUUUUGGUGUCAAGAUAUUAAAUAACACACCUGGGAUUAGACUGAACACAGUACAGUUUGUUUGUUUUGUACACUGUGGAAAAUCUGUGAUAAAAAGACCUUAUAUAAUAAGAUGCACUCUCCUCUCUCUCUCCCUUGCUGUGGAGCUACACCUAGAAGCCUAAGUGGCUGUCUGCGUAGCCAAUCAGUGGGGACUGUUGGCGGGACAUUGUUACACAUCCAAGAGUGGUGACAUUGGGCAGAGAGAGGCAGCUGUGUAAUAGCCGAACGAGCGCGCUUUAAAAUAAACGUAUUUUAUCAGCUGUCAGUGGAAAAAACGGCUGAUGCCAAAUGCUGUAAAAAUGCUGAAUAUAGGCCGAUAUUAUCGGUCAUGCCAAUUAUUGGUCAAUCCUUAAUUAUACAUAUGAUGAUGAUAUGAUAUACAUAUGAUAGUAGUUAUAUGAUACUGAUUGCCAAUGAUUGUGGUUGGCACACCAGUCUGUUCAAGAGCUUAUGUUUCUAGUUUGGUGGGAUGCUGUUGGAAAAAGGGAUAAUGUUUGUAUGGGAAAGUGAUCUGUGUGAACCCUAAUACUUUCAAGUUGAUUCAGAGUUACACGUCAUAGACAGAUAUCCUGAAAACUGUGCUUCCAUCCAGCAACUUAUCCCUUUUUUUAUUAUCCAGAAGCUGUUUAUCUCAGUUCAAAAUGCAGGCAGACACUUUAUAUAAAAAGUGGAAAUUAUUUUGGAAAAGCUGUCAUUUUGGGUUUGCAAAAUCUGUUUCUUUAUGUGGGCUGAGAGACAAAAGCUUGAUUUUGACAAUUUGUAGUGAGCAAAUGCUGUACAAUAAACUCGGUUAAAGAUUUGUUAGAUUAGUAACCAACACUUUUUCCAAACUUGUUUUUUGGGGUUGUUUGAUCUUGAAGAAGAGAUGUCACAUUUUGUUACAGCACUUAGCAUUUUAAUGCAUUUAUCUGAUCUAUAAAGCUGACUGUGUGAAGAAGGGAGACUUCCUUCACAAAAAUGCUGCACUGAAAGCACUUGGACUCUGGGUAACCUCUGCAUUAAGUAGCACAGCAGCUGAGGGAAUGAUAAUAUAAAUGUAUGUACCCUGGACAUUCAGCUGAGUUUGUGCUGCUGCAUGUUGUAACUUUACAGAAACUUCAAAUGGCUCGUUAGCUCGGUUGUCCUGUGUUUCACCCCACACUAACUUGCAGUGCAACUGUGAGUAUUCAUAGCCCACAUGAUCAGAUGCAUAUGCAUGAUGUAUAUACAUAUGUACACAGCCAGUUCCCCUGGUAAUUUAUGGCCAGUUGGUAUUUUGGUUGUAAAAAGAUGACCUAGAUUAUUUACAUGUGGAUCUUUGCAGCUGCCUUUCUCUCAUCUGUCUUUUUCCACUGUUUCUUUUUAUUUCUCCCUCUUUGUUUUUUCUUUUAAUGGAAAAGCACCACUGUUACACAUUCUCUCCUACUUUCUCCCACUCUGAGCAGUUGGUCUCCUCUGUGUCAUCGUCAGAAAUUUUAGAUGUUAGCUACUAUAGAUUGAAUUUUAUGAAUUACACGAAUUAAAGAUGUUGACACAACCAGAUUUUUUUCAAUUUAUCUUUCAGGAUUUUACCCCCCUCACUUUAUUAAUUCAUUUGACUGAAGGGACACGCCUCUCAUUUGCUCAAAGCUCUGUUAAGAAGCAUUAAGUGACCACAUUCUAAGAUUUUGUAAUUUUGUUCAAAUGUCUAUAAGUUGUGUUCUCUAUGUAUCAUGGGUGGGAAACACAGUAAUGGUGUCUGGGUUUGGAUUCAGUAAAUGCUUAAAGGGAUAUUCUGGCAUAAAUUUAAUUCACGGCCAAACACACCAUAACACAGAGUUAGACACCCCCUUGAGAGAUGAAUGUUGCCAACCGCUUGUUUCUCUAUUUAUACCAACAUUAGUAAUGACUGCACGAUAGCAAUAUACAACGGUCUAUGUCUACACCUGCAAACCUCAACCAAAAAGCCACUCUAUAGCCACAAAUAAUGCUCAGAACAGCACCUACCUUCAUCAACAGUACAUAUAGGGUCCCAGCUAUAGUACUAGCCAUCAAACAUCUUUUUAACUCUGCCUGGUUUCUUUAGCAAAGAGACUAAACACAACUCACCCACUCUCUUUCAGCAGCCACUUGUUUGUGGGGGGAGCCCUGACGAGUCGAUCACCAAGUGCAGCGGAGUUCCGCAGCUCAAAUAAGAACAUUUAUGAUCAUUACUUCAUGGAAAUGUCAUCAGACCGAGACGCUAAGGCAGAAGGACUACCACGUCUGUAGUGCACAUACAAGAUACACAAGAACUCUGACAUUUCCAUGAAGUAAUAAUCAUAAAUGUUCUUCCUUGAACUGCGAAACUCUGCUGCAUUUGGUGAUUGACUCGUCAGGGCUCCCUGACAAAUAAGCGGCUGCUGGAAGAGAGUGGGUGAGCUCUGUUUGGAAAGAAACCAGGCAAAGCUAAAAAGAUAUUUGAUAUCUCUUACACUGGAAUAUCCCUUUAAGAUCUGACAAAAUAAAUAUGUUGUUAUACAUAAUAAAUUCAUAAACACUGUCUACUACUCUAUCUACCUCCAGUCAAACCCAUACAGAACAAGAGCUAAAGAGAAAGACAAGUUACUGCGUCCGUGUCCUAAAGAACCAGGAUACAGACACAGGCUGCAGCAGGGCAUAGCAAUAAUCCUUAGUACAUGUUAUAAUCAGCUCAUUAAGGAUCUUUUUGAUUGGACAUUCUGUCUCACUUCUCUGUCUUGGGCCGAAGCAUCAUAUAAUUGAUCUUUUGUUAGAAUGGCUCGGCCAUUUUGUAUUCAGAUAUGAGAUAGCUUAAUUCCUGAAAGUCUCAGCACAACCUCAUUUUACACAUAAAACUGAAACAGACAAGUUAUUUUUGUUUCUCCUUAUUUAUUUAUUUUUUUCUGUGCCUGUCUUUCUCUCUCUCUCUCUCUUACACACACACACACACACACACACACACACAUACACAUACACACUGUCUCUCCCUCUACCUCUCUCUCCUUGUCUCUCUCUCCCCUCAAACUGACUCUUUCUCUUCGCUGUAUUGGAGCUGUCAGAGUUGACCUGCCUGUCUCUCUCCCACUGAGCACUCUGCAUGAUUCAACCGCACACACAGAAACACGUCUCUCCCUCAGUCCUGCUCUCACCCAGGCACGUUGUGUUUAAUUAGCUCCUCAGUGGCAGGAAAAUAUGUGUGUAAGCGAGUGUGUGUUUUUGUCAGUAGGAGAUAACUUGCACGGGCCUCAGUGAGGAAGUGUCAAAAAUGCCAUUGGGAGUGGAGCGUGAUGGCUUUCAACACAUGCAGACACACACGCAGAGCUGGCCACUUGUAGGUCAGUAGUGUGUGAGUGCUUUGUGAGUCUCCCACAGAGAGUGACAGAGAGGUGGCAAGUUUGUCUCUCUUUAUUUAGCAAUCAGGAAAAAUAGCUGCAAGUCUGACAGAGGAACACACAGGCAGACAUCCAGCAGGGAGACAAAUGAGCUGACAGACAAGAGGCAGGUAUGGAGCUGGUCAGAGCUGUAACCUCUAUAAAAAGGUAAAUAGCUGUGAAGACGGACAUACUACAUGUAUUAAGAAGUUCACCCCAAUAAGUAUUUUACAAUUUUUUGAAAGCCAGAGAGAUCAAGAAUGAAAUGUUGACUAGGUUGUAUCCAUCCAUCCAUUAUUUUUACUGCUUAUCCCUUCAGGGGGUCACGGAGGGGCUGAAGCCUAUCCAAGCUGUGAUUGGAUGAGAGGCUGAGAUUGGUACACCCUGGACAGGUCGACAGUUGUUCACAGGGCUGACAUAUAGAGACCAACAAGCUUUCACACACAGUCAAAGCUAGAGGCGAUUUAGAAUGACCAAUACAUCUGACAAUGGUUUGUUAAAACCAAUUGAUUUCAUAAGCCAAUAACUUUUUGGUUCUACUUUUUUAUUUUUUAACAUUUUAUAAAUAAAUAAACUGAUGUUACUGAGACAGUAAAUCCAAGCAACAACCCCCUGACUUGAUUUGAAGGGCCAGUUUCUCACUGGUUAUGACUUUUUGACAUUAGCUUUUGUCUAUAACGUUUUAACAAGUUCAUGAAUGGAUUGCUAUGAAACUCUAAUGUACAAUUUUAGAACCCUCUGGAUGACUCAUAAAACUUACUCAGUAUCAUAUUGCUGGUCUUUGGUCUAAUGUUUCUCAGAAUCAGAAUCAGAAGGGGUUUUUAUUGCCAUUGUCAAUGAAUAGGAUUCACAAACUAGGAAUGUUUAUGGCGUGAUGGUGCAACAUUCAACGGAGAAUAAUACAUAAAAUACUCGAAUAAAAAUUAAUAAGAGCAUGCAGGACAUAUAUAAAGUAUAAAAGUAUUCUCUGUUAGAAACCAGUUACUGUACCUACAUACAGCUGUAGCUCAUCAGAUAGAGCGGUCGUACAGUAACUGGAAGCUUGGUGGUUCGUUCCCCACGCUAUUCCUACUCUGUCCAUGGCGUCCUUGGGCAAGACACUUGACCUACAGUACCUACAGUAAUUUGCAGCCAUGUUUCCAUCAGUCUGCCUCAGGGCAGCUGUGACUACCAAGGUAGUUUACCACCACCAGGGUGUGACUGUGUGAGUGAAUGAAUGAUGAAUCCAAUGUAAAGUGUUUUGAGGGUCACUGGUAUAAAAUCUGAUGCAUUAUACACACCCUCUCAUUACCAUCAAUGCGGCCUUUAUUGAUGUUUGAUGCCCGUGGAAAACCUUCAGAAGAUCCUUAACCAAGAAACUGAGCAUUAGCUUGCAUUGGUGAAAUGUUACUGUAGCUGAUUUUAGCUUGAACUUCAAAUUUCUGCUAUGCUGAAAACUAGUGUUAUAGUCAACCAAAGAAGUUGAUCUUUGGACUUUUGACAGACUUGAUGUGUGAAAGAGCUUUUAAUCAAAAUUCCACAUUAAACACAUACCCUGGUUCUAAUUCAUAGCACAUUGUAUUUGAAACACAAUAGUUGUGUUUGCAUGAUACAAAGUUAUCCACAGAUUUACCCACAGCUGGUUGUCUUGAUCCAAACCGUUUUUUGCUUUUCCAUAAGUGAGCAGAAACUGCUCUGUCUGUGUUGACUUGUCAGUUGAAAUCUCUCCUUUCUGUGACUUUCAUUGUCAGUAAAUAUUUAUAAUCCUAUCAGAAAGAUUUUUGUGAACCACUCACCAUCUGGGACUUGCUGUCUACAGAAGGGCUCACCUAUGAACAAAAUACCCUCAUUGUUUUAUUUAUUUAUUUUUGUGUGCAUUUGCAUAGAAAUUUAGAAGCAGCAAAAGCCUGUGGUCGAUAGCUUCAUGUUUUUUUAUGUCUCUGAAUUUUUGAUAAUGCAAAAGCUGCUUUGGCCAGGCUUUCAUUGGCACUACACCAUAACAAUACUAAAAAAUGCAGUAAUUGUUAAAUUGGCUUUCUUGGAAUACAUAGAACCCUUGAUAAAGUGACAGUAGAGCGCUGGAUUCCUUGUAACUGUAAGCUCUGAAAGUUAAUCUUUAUGCAGCUUUGUGAGGGAAAACACGCAUUAGUCAUUCUCCACUGCGCCUCCACCAUUGCUGCUCUAAAGCUCAGAAUCAAUAUUUGUUAACUAAUAUGACCUCUCUGAAUCUCUGCAUGUGUCUGCAUGCAGACUGUUUGUGCCUGUGCGUGUGUGUUUCUACACACACAAAGGUGUUUAUGUGUGGGUUAUAAAUAUGAGUUAGAAAUGGUAACAUUUCUGCUCUGCUCUGAAUGUGUGAAUAGAAUAUUAUUGAUUACUGUUCAAUACAAACAGUCUGACAAGAAUAAAAAUGUCCUGAAACUCAGGGCUUGUCUGUUUCACUUUGCGCUUUUUAUGCAUCCUGUCAAAAUUUUACAGCUCAUUGACAGAAAUCAUCAUAUUAAUGUGUCUGCAUCCUUGAAUCAUUCAGUCAUUGAGUUGUUACUGUGAGCGAGAGCAGAAGAAAACCUUGAGUUGCUGAAAAAAGCAGUCAAAGUGAAAGUUAGGUCCAGAACCCUUGGAUAUGUAUGUAUUAGAUAUGCCAUCAAAAUGUACUAACAUGCAACACAUGUGUCUCUGUUUAGACUUGUGAUGUACCUGGAGAGAGACCUGCGCAAAGCCACUCCCCUCAGAGAGAACCCAGGCCAGUCAGGAUACCUGUCUCAGUGUCUGGAUGUACUGUCUGUGCAUCUGACCAGCACUGCACCUCUGAUACUGGGUACAGACAGAUAAACACACUUUCUGCAUAAAGCAGUGAAAAUACUAUACUUGUUUUUAUUUUAACAGCAUAAUAUAGCUGUUAAUAGAGUGUUCCUUUGUGUUACAGUAAGCAACCUCAUUUUCAUCCCAUUUUAUUAUUAUUUUUUUUAUUUUAUCAUUACAAUGCAUUUUUACAUACAACAUCUUCACAUUUAUGGGUAUACAUACAUCUACAAAGAAAAAAAAUGCACUGUAUUUUUAUGUUUCUCUUAACUUUACAUCCUUUAGUAUACUCUUUUUAAAAAGUAUUUCUAGUUUUUAUUCCUGUUAAAAUAGGCCAUAAUGAAACUCUAUACAUCCAAUAGAGAAGGUAAUAAGGUAAAAGAAAAAAAAAUUCAAUAACUUAGACAGGCAGCAGCAGUGUAAUAUAUCUAGAUAAACAUUUUCAGAGAAGAAAAACAAAAAAAACAAAAGCAGAAACAAAACAAUGUCAUCGUCAUCCUUUUCCUCCGCUCCAUGGGGGCAGCAGCUUCAGGAGGGAAGCCCAGAGGGCCCUCACCCCAGCUUCUUCCAGCCUUGGUCUGCCGCCCAAUCCCUCAAGCACCGGACCCUUCAUGUUCCUCCUGCAGGUGGUGGGUCCACUGGAGGUGGUGCCCAUGUGGCUCGUUCGGGCUGGGCCCCAUGGGCUGGGCCCAGCCCCCAGGCGCUUGCCAUCGAGCCCCAACCCUGGGCCUGGCUCCAGGGUGGGGCCCGGUGUCCUUCCGGGCCGGGUACACUGGAUCCCUCCGUUAUUUUUCAUGAGGGUCUUCUGAACCAUUCUUAGUCUGACCCUUCGCCUAGGACCAAUCUGCCUUGGGAGACCCUACCAGGGGCAAAAUGCCUCGGACAGCAUAGCUCCUAGGUUUAUUAGAGCACGCAAACUCCUCCACCACAGUACGAUGACGGUUCAAGGAGGAGACAAAACAAUGUGUAAAUAUAAUAUAGAUGUUCCUUCAAGUUAAUUUUUUAACAAAAUCAGGUCUUAGUGGUGUAACCCAUCUUUCCCAGUGCAAUCUAAACUUGUCCAUGUUUAGAUUAAAAGGGAAUGUGAUCUUUUCCAUUCUGUAAGUCUCCACAGUCAAGUCUCAUUUUCAUAUUCAUCUGUGUCUUAUGUUCUGUGACCCUGUAGAUGACGUCUUGGGUGCAUUACAAAGUGUGAUUGGGAGGAGACACCCAACUACAGCUCAGAGCAGACAGCUUAAAAACACUUUGCCAACAUUGUCUGUCGUGUUUGAACUAAUUACAUCACAGGUAACUCUGAUUAAAACAUGUGUCCUUCAUUGUUUGGUCAUAAUAAUUUGGCAGUUUCAACAGAUUUUUCAGAUCAAUUUUACACCUGUAAACAAAAACAUAAUAACUUUGGAUGUUAUUUGUUGUAGUUUGGUGUCAUUUGGGUUUGUUAUAAAAAUUUUGCAAGAAUGGAUGUUGUAUGGUCAAGCUCUUAACUUUUACCUUAACACUUGGUUGUUUGACUACUCAUACCUUUGCUGUCAAAUUGACUGACUUCAUCCUUUCACAGGUCUUUAGAUCUCAAAUUGUAACUGAAGACUUCCUUACUAAGAUUGGAUUGCUGCUGGUAAGUGUUAAGCAUUACAGAAUUAGCAAUAGUCAUUUUAGGAAAAGACUCUUGUAGGUAUAUAUGACCUCUUGUGCUUUUAGACAUGACCAGUGGUCUGAUUAAAUGUUAUGGAGUCGUCAAAAAAGGGUUUAGGGCACAAUAUCAAACUAUACCACAGCUCUGAAAAAUGAAUUUCUGGUACUCGUGGAACUUCAUUGAAAUAAUCUUAACAUCAAAUUAAUGCAGAAGGACCGGAGCUCAAUGCAAAUUCAUAUAGAUUAAUAUGUACCUUCUUCAGGCCAAGAAAGUCCAGCUUUAUGGCUGACCUUUUUCACCUUAAUGCAGUCUGUGGGGUUAUGAGGUUCCUGCUUUGUUUUGGACAAGUUUAUCUUCUUGGUUAGCGGUAAGUUAAAGAAAUUCAGGGGAUUUAAAAAAAUAGUAAACAUAUGAUUUUAAAAAACGUGUACAUUUGUCACAAUAUCUGAGAAAAGCCAGGUCAUCAAAAGACAAAGGGUUAUACAAAAUGCUGCACUGGUUCAUAGUUUAUUUCCCCAAACAUAGAUAUGCGUUAACAAAAUAACCAAACAGCAAACUAUGGUCAGAAAAAGUCCACAGGCAGAUAAAACAGUGCUCAGUGAAGGAAAAAAACUGAAAUGACUUUGACUGGGAAUCACUGCAGUAUUGAGCUCAUAUGUCUCUCUCUGACAGAACUAUAUCACCUCCAUAGACUCCAGUGAAACAAGUCUGUCUAAUGCUUUGGGUAAGUGAUGUCCUGUGUUAUAUUCGUUUGUACAUGUUGAAUAAAAAUUGCAGUAAGACACUUAAUACAGUAUUCCAGUUUUUUGGUUUUUUUUGUAGCAUUGCUAAAGGAACUCUGAUCCCUUGUUAGGUUCAGCUGUGUGUGAUGAGCUUAUAAGGACAUCUCUAUCCAUUGUGGAAGUCCUGAGUCAGCAUCAUGCUCUCAUCACUCCAAAGAAGAAUAUUGUAAGUAUGUUUACAAGAAAACACACACCUGACUUCCUGUUUGUCUCACAGUUUGUUUAUCUGAUGAAAAAAAAAAAACUGUCUAAAUGUUCGUGAAAAUGUGUGUCUGUUAGAGCGUCUGACCAGCCUGAGGGUUUCUGGGAAGUGUUGUUCACCGACUUAUUCAGUGAUAUAAUGGUGUAGCUCAUUUUGAAAAAAAAAAAACAAACUGGUUCUUCGAAGGUUCAGUUGAACCAACUCUGAGACAUCACCAGCACAGAACCAGCACCAGAGCCGCUUUGGUGGAAAAGGAUAUGUCUUUCUAUUUGACUGAAUGUUUGACUAAACGACUGUAACGGUAUGAAAAAUACAGGCCAGGUAUAAGUUGCAAUAUUUAACAAAUGUCAGCACCUUUCACCUCACAAGGCUUAGAGGACAUCCAGUCGUCCUGGUGGUCAGUUAAAUUUCUAAAACUAAGAUUUUAAUUUGAUUUUUACUGUGUUUUUAUUUCUAAUAACAAAAGAUAUUUGUUUCUAUGUUUUAAUACAGACACUUUAAAAGGAAAAGAAAUGAUUGUAUGCAUAUCCAGAUUUAUCUUCAGUUUUCUCCAUGUCAUGUAGUUGUUAGUUUGUCAUGUUCAAAGUUUGUCCUCCAGUCCACUAAAACUGUCUGUCAGUAGUCAGAGGACAGAGGGUCAGUAUAAGUGCUAUUAGGCAGACGCUAAUCAACUAUUGAACCACCAGAGACUCAUCUGAUCUGUGAGUUUGUGUGUGUGUGUGUGUGUGUGUGUGUGUGUGUGUGUGUGUGUGUGUGUGUGUGUGUGUGUGUGUGUGUGUGUGUGUGUGUGUGUGUGUGUGUGUGUGUGUGUGUGUGUGUGUGUGUGUGUGUGUGUGUGUGUGUGUGUGUGUGUGAGUGUGUGCGUGUGUCUGAAUGUUUAGGUGUAUGUACCUGGACAAGGAUGGUGAGAUUGUGUUUAAUGACUAUUGACACAUGGAAGUGGAAAGCAGCAGGAAGCACACAAGGAUAGACGGAGAGAGAAGAAAAGAAAUGAGGAAUGGUGGAAUGGUGCAAAGAGGGAGCUUGCUGCUACUGAUAGUCAAUAACACAGGAAGACACUUUAAUUACCAGCAGCCAGCUUGGAUUAACUUUUAUUGCCUGCUGGACAAGGACACACACUUGUGUUUGAGUCAAUUUGCAUCUUAUCAACCCUGUAGCAAAGUAAAGUUUGAAGAAAGUUUUUUUUUUCCUUUUCCCCCACACAAACUGCUUUCACAUUAUUGAAACUAUUGUGAACUAUGUCUCAAAACAAUCCAACCUUGUAAGCUGUUUACUUCUUAACGAGGAAAACUUAAAAACGGUUCAAAUUGAUUUAAAUGUGUCAAUGAACAGUGACAUAGGAAAUGAUCGAAAAACUUGAUACCUCAAGAACAGCUAUUCACUAUUGUUGUAUUUUUUCAAGUUUACAUUACCAUGAUGUUUCAAGAAUUUGAAGACUUCUCAAUAGGGUUUUGCUGCUCUUCCUAUCGCUGGUAUGGACUGGGUGAAUUUGUCUCCAACUGUUCUGUAAAUGCAGCUACUAUCGUAUGGUUGUUAUCUGAAAAUUCAGAGUUGCUCUCACAUUGCAUUUAUGACAGUGUGUAAUCUGAAGAAGCCUUGCUGAUUCAUUUAGUACAGCUCACAACAAAAGAAGGCAGAAAAAAACUUAACAAGUAGCUGCUUCAGCACAGCAGAAAGACAUGCAUAUUUUUUUAUCAACAAUGUGCCCAAGAGGUUUUUUGUUUGUUUACGAGAAGAAACAGCUGUGAUUUACAAAUAGAUAAAUACAAUACUAAGCAUGAACAACAUGAUGCAACUAUAUAUAAACUGAAUUUUUCUGUUUUCUUUUUCCUUUUUUUUUUUUUUUUUUUUUUGGAUCGGCGUAAUCUGCUGAAAAACUGGUUUAAUAAGUGGAGUAACAAAAAAUAAAUAAAUUUUAAGAUAAGAAGGAUUUCUAACAGCAAAUGGACAUGGUCACCCAAAGAUCACAGUUUAGGCAAAUUGCACCAAGCCUUCUGCCACACACAUAUACACGCACUGUCCAGUCUUUUGAUGGUCCUGAUAUUAUACACAAACCAUUAAGUGGCGGACAACAGCCUUUGUAGUUUCCUUUCUCUGGCUUUCAAUGUAAUGACCUCACACACUCACUCAGCAUUAGUGUUGUUUCUAUGGUAAUAUUAGUAAUCAUGCAAAUUCAUGCAAUACACACUCCUGCCUAAAAAGGGGCUUUGACAGUUGUUGUACAUUAGUUUUUGUGGUUUUGUGUGUGCAUGUGUCUGCGUGUGUGUUUGAUCAAAGAGAUCAUUCAACAGUGCAUUUCCAUAGUAAUUUGAUCCUCCAACACUGGUCUGUGUGGUUGAUGUUCACUGAAUUAAUACGGUACAAUGUCUUCUAUUCAGUGUAAGGCAAAAAUAUAUUCUGUUUUUAGAUUCACUGUAUAUUAACAAGGCUGAGAUUGCUUCAUUGAUGUACUUUGUUCCUAACAAAUGAGAGAAUGCUGGAGCAAAUGGAGCGGUUUUUAUCAUUUCUUUCACACUCACUGAUUUUGAUAAGUUAAUUGUAGGAUUUUUACAUAUUAAAGUCUUAAGCAUAUUGGUAGUACUUCUACUAAUUAGUACUCAACAGCUUAUUUUCUCACUUUAAAAGAGUACAUUUCUCGUUCAUAGUACAGAGCGGAUCAACCAAAAGGAAAAUUUCAUCAGCUUGAAGCUACUUCUUGAACAAUCUAUUUAUCAUGAUAUUGAGAAAUGACAUACAGACUUUGAUAUUGUACAGGUUUUUUGUAUAUCAUAAAAUGAAUGAAAACCAUCGACAUUAUUCUGUACCAUGCAAACAUUACAGCAGGUGAUAAGUUUUUUUAUGGACUACUCCAAAAAUUCAGGAUUUUACUAAAUUCGUCCAAAUGUUUUGUCUGUUUAUGUCUCUUGAAGGUUGUGGAUGCCAUUCUACCUUCUCUGACAACACUGGCUUUCAGCAGAAAUGGUGAGGAAGAUGUUGGUUCUUUUUUGUGAGAGUGGAAAGGGAGAGCAUGAGAGAGGCUAUUUGGAAACGGAAGCAAAUGUCAGAGAGAGAGGGAGGAGAGGGAAGAGAGCAGAAGAGAGGAAAUCGGAAAGAGCAGGAGAGAAGAGCACAGCUGAGGACCUUCAAUACCUGUCGAACCUUGCGUUAUUUCCACUUGUUUCCCAUCUGUCAUCAAAAAGAUCCAAUGAUGGGGAAAAAAAUACAAAAAAACAGUUUAGGGUAUAGGAGAAGCAAAUUGAGAAUAUUGAUAAUUAUAUGAUAAAGAAAGGAUUGUAGAAAUAAGAGAUUGGAUCUAAAAAAAAGAGGCAAAAGUGAGACAGAUGUCUUAAGUUAUAUUGCUCAUGAAAAUCUUUGCAUCAGACACUUGCAGUAUCACGUGAAAAGCGUAGUUAUCCUCUGCAGUGUUUGGGUUUGGAUCAAUUUAUUUUGUUAUUUCAUAUCACAUACACAGUCUCCUGAGAAACUAAUUACACUAAGGAAUGUGUUGGCCUAUGUGUGUAGCCUUGAAAUGUACCUGUGAAUACUCACAUAUAACAUUCUCAAAUGUGCUUGUUGUGAGCUGCAUUAACACUCUUGGUCUGUUUCCUGUGCAUGUGUUUGUAUUCCAGUGGAGUGGUCUGUGUUUGUUUUAAGGGUCCUGUCUGAGCUCGGUCUUGUCCUGCUGGUUGAGGAGGGUGAGGGAGCUGAGGAAGAUGAAGAAGCUGAUGUAAACAAUGAGAGGGGAGAGAAACAAGCGAGGGCAGCAGGAGAGCAAAGAGACAAUGGAGGCGCCUGUAAUCAGAUGUUUGUUCUUGUCAAUCAAUCCCUUCUUCCAAGGUUGGUUUGAAUUUUUUCUGUACAUUAUUUUGGCAGUUUUUCAACCUGCUUUUUUUCUUAUUGGGACAAAACUGACCCUCAUUUUAGUGCCAGUAUUAUUAGUAUUGAUUGUUUUUUUUAAAUAUAUAUUUAGCCCAAAUGUACCCUCUUUGGCCCAUUCUGAUGCUCAACCUAGUCAUUUUGUUCAUGCCCCAAGUUUCUGUACCUUAAUGCCAACAAGGGUGAUAACAGAGCCAAACUUAGAGGGAAUAAGGUGGCAAGGAUGUCCAGCCAACAACCUUUCUAUCGAAUUUUGGGGAGUUUUAUAAUCUAACUUGUGUUUUUGCAUCCUGCAUUUGUGGGUCCAUGUAGCAUCCUUGCACUUGUCAGAUACAGCUUCCUGUCAAGUGUCUGUCAGGAUGAGUGUUAACAUCAUCUGAUCUUGCAAUCUUUGAAGAGCACACGCAGACAAAUGAACUUGACUGAGGUUCACAUAAUGACAGUAACAGACAGACUGCUUUUCUCAUUUGUGAAUCCAUACCGCCUCCCACAGCUUUACAGUUCUAUCUCUAUUUCUAAAAUGUGCCUCUCUUUUGGGGGUUGCCUCAUAUGUCACCUCUUGUUCAACUUCAACCCUCAUUUCCCCUCCUCGUCACACUCUCAUCUCUCCCUUUCCUCCCCUGCUCUUCCCCCCAUAUUUCCCUUUUCUCUCCUUCCGCUAUAAAAACUCAAGUCCUCCCCUCCCCCCUUCUUCUCCACCCUCUCUGCAGAUCUGUUCCAGUUUACACUCUGUUACUAAUGAUCAGAACAGUACAUUAAUUAUUCACAGUACCAAAGCCAAACCUUGUACUCCUGCAUGUUUGUGUCUAGGUAUGAGUCUCUUCUUCGAGCAGCAGAGCCUGUCCCGCUCUACGCUCUCAAACUGCUGCUAUCACUGACUGAACACAGCACUCAGAUGUGCAGGUACUUCACACACUCAGACACACACCCGAACCUUGCAUGGAGACAACAAUAUACUGUUGAAGGGCUUAAUGAGUAGAGCUGAUUUAACUUUACCUGCAUAUUAAGUUUCAUCAUUAGUCAUGGUUUCAAAGCAGAAAUGAACCGGUCUUUUAUAUUGGUUACUUCCUCUUACAGCGACUGAACAACACUAAUGGACAGUAAAUAAGCUAACAAGAGAUCUUUUUGUCUGCAUUUGUCUUUUUUUUCCAAGUAUAAGCUUUGGGCAGUGUUUUUACUCCUGGCAGGCAGACACACAAAUACACUCACUUAAACCCUCCAUGUGUAAUGUUUCAAUGCCAAGGCCAGUCACUCCCAGACCAGCACGGUGGAUCACUAGUUCUGUUUUUUAUUCAAAACCACACGCAAACACACACUUCAGCAGUGAUUUAUUUACCCACUAUACUCGAUUCAAAUACACACAGAUAAUCAUUUAUUCAGUAAUGCUGUUGGUGCACAUUAACCACUAACAGCACCAUCAGCUCAGCUCCUGCUUAUCUACAUUCAGCAACACCUUUUCCCACCCUCAUAGUCCUUUUUUUCUGACUAAAUUAACACUUAGUUUAGUGAGACUCAAAAUAUACUUUAGAAGAGGAGCAGCGUGGCAUGUUAUCUGAUAUAGUCUCAUAAGCUAUGUUUUCUUGAUUCGAUUAAAAAAUUUGAGGGAUUGGAUAAUCUGAAUCCACUGUUUAUAUGGGUGCAAAAUCAAAUAAUCCGUUCAUGACAUGCAUAUGCAUGCACCAAGCUUUAUUCAGAUUAGAACCAUUCAGACAUGUGCAGAGUUGUCUAAUUUCACUAAAACAACCUCAGAAGUUGUAUUGAUGCCUGUGCUGUCAACAAACCAACAAACGCGGAAGUGCCUCACGUCAUCCUAUUCAGGAGUUUUCCCCCUGUUAAAUGUUGGCACUAGAUGGCGCCCUUGCUUACUUAUUUUACUGUCCUGUCAAAGUUUUGCACUGUGUGUACAGAUGUGACAUUGUUACGCUUUAUAUAUGCCUUGAUCGGAUUAGCUUUUUACAUGGAUGCGUUUCGGAAUAACGAUUUUUACAUUACGCAUUUUUAUUCUGAUCGAGCAUUUAUUCCAAUUUUUCGGGCCCCUGUGAACACAGCUAUACAUUAACUCUUUCUGGUAUGCUUUGGUUAAGACUGCACACACUGGAUUUUAAGACUGCACAAUUUCCAAAAAUCCCAAGUCAGGAAUGAAAAAGAUGUCUUGAGAAAGGAGUCAUCAAAAUAAGAAAGUAUGUUCCUUGAAUGGUUGCACAGCCAGUCUGCUGAUUCCUUUUCUUACCAUGAGGUGACUCACCUGUGUGUGUGUGUGUGUGUGUGUGUGUGUGUGUGUGUGUGUGUGUGUGUGUGUGUGUGUGUGUGUGUGUGUAUACAAGUGUGGUUUGUGUUCGUGUGUACAUGCAUGCCUGAUAUGUGUGUUUGAUAGAUGUGUUCUGACAGCAGCUGUCAGUAAGUCUUAAUUCUCUGGUCAUCUGUCUUUUCCUCCCAGCUGUUGACAGAGACAAAAUGUGAGGAUGAAAAAAAAGAGGGAACACAGUGAAAGAGGGAGAAUAGAGAAAAGAUGGAGGAGUGGAGAAGUGGAAGAGUUCAGCUGGGAGCUGAAGUUAGAUGGAUGGGGGAGAACAACAUUUGGGAAGAGAGAGGAUCUUGACAAAGGUUGGGGUACUUGGAUAGAAGGGAUAUCAUGUUAAUUGGCAAGGCUGCGUGACUCAACAUUUACCAUUUCAAACAGACAAAGACAGCAAGAGGAGAUAAAAAUAUGCAGUUUCACUGGCAAGCAGUUGUUUCUGCUGUAGAGUAGCACAAUUAUGGAAGCAGAAAAUUCCUCCUACCUUAAUUAAACCGAAUUUUCCCAUCAACUUUGCAGCUUUAUUUCAGACAAACUGUCUUGUGGUUGUAUAAAAUAGUUACAGAUCAUAAAUUAAAAAAACACCAAAGUUUUUCAAGGUCAUAUGGUGUAGCCCAUUUAUAGAUCAAAGUUCCUCAAUACAAAGCACCAUUCAAUCUGUGAUAAAAGUUAUAUGUAAGUAUGUGAAAACUAUGUUUUUGGCGGGGCUUCACCAGGUUAACAAGAUUUAAAUGCCUUCCUUUGCGGGUGCAGUUUUUUUACUAUCAAACAUUGACUUCAUUUUACAUCAUCAGGUUGCUGCUUGAUUUGUGUGUGCUUUGAGCAGUACACUGACCUCUUGUAGUACGCAACAAAUUGGGGCGAAUUUUUAGUCUUGUCAGUAGGUGGCGGUGGCAGCUGCAUUGGCAUCCAUGGUUUCAUGUGUGUCCUUGAUGAAGCUUUGGCUAGUAUUGUGCUAUCUUGAGGGUAAAAUAACAACCCAACUGACAACUAUUUUGCAGAUGCUCUAAUCCUGUCAUCUGGCCAUCACAGUUUGAUCCUUGUCAAAGUUGCUCACAUCCUUUCUCUUGCUCAUUUUGUCUGCUUCUCUCUCAAGCAUCAGCUCUGAGAAUAAAAUGCUCACUUGCUCCCAAACAUAGUCCAUCCCCCUGCCAGGGCCAUUGUAAAGAGAGGAUGUUAUUAAAUUCAUCUGCCAGUGGUCACAAUGUUUAGGAUGAUUAGUGUACAGUGGUAACUGAACACACUAGUAUUGAGGAUGCAGCCCACUUUUAGAGGAAAACAAAGGCAGUUAAAGUGUGUCACACACACCAAAUUGUAUUGUGUAUUUACAACAACCAUCAUAAUUAACCUUUUGUUGUGUCCCUCCCUUGUUUUUUUUUUUCUCUCUUCAUCAACUUACUUUAUCGACUUAGGCAAUAAUAACUCAACAAACCUCUUAUCACUAAUAUCCCACUCUCGUCCUAUCUCCAUCCACCGCUCCCUGAGUUUAAAGUUCACCAUCAUCGCUGAAUACGCUCCUACGCUCUUAUCAGCAAUAUUACCCCCUCUCGUCUCCAUCCUUCUCCUGCACAGCCUCUCCUCAUCCCCCUCUUUCCUUGACACAAGUAGAGUGACGUGAACUUCUCAAAUUGGUGUCAGCACUCUUCUCUCUACAUCUUAGUUUUUUUCUCUCACUCCUUUUACUCUGACAUUAUUAACAAUAUUUGACGUUCUCUCUGUCUUUUUCAUUCUUUUUCUGUCACCAUCUCUAAUUUAUUAACAUUAGUCCACAUUCCCUCUUUUUCUGUGCCCUCUCUCCACAGCUCUCCCUCCAUCACUGCGGUUAUACAAUCAGAAAUUAAAUUGCCUGGGUCUUGGUUAGAUAAGUGUGGCUAUGAAGCCAGCCGAGCGGUAAUUAGAUGGUAAAUUGAGGACAUUAACGUUGGGAAGGCAGCCUGCUGUUUCUCUCAGCAUUAUCACAGCCCAGACACACCUUCAAACAACUACAUUUACUAUGACCUUUAGCCAAGGAACCUUAUGCUGUGUCGUUACACGCGUAUGUGUUGAAGUAUGUUUCAGAAUCCUUCUACGUGUCUGUUAGUCUCAUGUAUGUAAAUGUGGCCUAACCUCUUCACACAUAUCAUGCUUAUCAACUCAGAGUCAGGUAGGAUUUCCUCUUAAGUUUAACUAUGUUGGAUAUGCAGAGAAUAUCUUCAACAGCUCAUUGCUCCACAAGAUUUGUCCCCUACUUUUUUUUUUUUUUUAAAUCAAAAGUUAAUGCCUUAACAGAUACUCAACCUUACAUAAUGUCAUCAAACCUCCAAAGUCAUUUGGACACAUUAUUAAUCAUUUGAGCUAGGGAAGAGUGUAUUUAUCAUAUCAAUCAAUCAAUCAAUCAAAUUUUAUUUAUAUAGUGCCAAUUCACAACAGUCGUCAUCCCAAGACGCUUUUCAAAGUACAAGAGCAGGUCUAGACCACGCUCAUUGUUUGAUGAAUUAUCAAGAACCAACCUAAGAUGGGUUUUGGCCCAUCUCAUCUAACAUGAGUAGCAGUGGCAAGAUAAAACUUCCUUUUAACAGGCAGAAACCUUGAGCAGGACCCGACCCGACUCAUAUGUUAAUAACACUCUGGUGGUUGUUUUUUCAUGCUUAUGGGUGCAUUCACACCAGGACUGUUUGGUUCAUUCCAAAAGGACCAUGGUCCCCUUACUCCUUUGGUCAGGGUGGUAUGAACGUAGAGGGUAUGUGUUCUAACACAAUAGUUGGGUGAUAAAUAUUUUAUACCUAGAUGUUCUUCUGUUCAACAAACACGCUGACAAUGUGUUAUAGGCAUUCCUUUGCAUUAAUGCCCAGCGUCUCCUUGCACAACGUGUCCGCCACCUCUGGUGAAUUGCGUGAAGUAAGACGCCUAUUGUUCUCUCUGGUCGCCUACUUUCUGUGUGCGUUGUGGGACAAUGAAGAUUGUGCCCCAAAUGAGCAAGUGACAGACAGUGAUUUUCCCUCUUUUUUUAACCAUCUGGUUCGCUCAGCAAAAGUCCCAUGAGAACGCUAACCGGACCAAAUGCAAAAUGCAACGAUGUAAACAUUUGGACCCUGAUCCGGACCUUCUAUGUGGACUUUGGAUGAGAAAGGCCCCUAAGAUACAGUUUAAAGUUUAAUAGCCAGUUUUGUUGGGCUAAAAUUCAUUUAUGAAUAAUUGGACCUUCUUUAGUGUUGACCAUCAUUGUCCACAUUGCCCUUUUCAAAUGAUCCCAGAUUAAGUCUUUAAAUUGACAGCUGGAUUAGAGGACCAGCCCAGCAGAGGUUAAUCAAUCUUAUUUGCUGUUUAUAAUAAGACAUAUUACAAUGCUUAUGCUGAUGAUGUGCGACAUAUGCAGUGAGGGCUGUCUCAUCUGUCUUGUAUUAAAGGCUGUCUGUUGUGUCCUGGUCUGUUGGAUGUCUGGUGUUGUGCACUGUGUUUAUUGAUGUAUGGCUGCUAGUUUAAAGGUGGUCCAGUUUAUCAUGCAGUGGCGGCCCGACCUGUCCUUCUCUCUCUCGGUCUGUCACCCACGUAAUGGGAGGCCAUCCAUCACGUCUGCAAACACAAACACAGACAUGUCACACCCAGACACACUCUGAUACACUCACAUUCAAGCCUCCAUAGAGCAAAGAAGACAGAGUGGAGAGAUAAAUAUGAAGUCCAGUGUUGAUUAGUUGGUUCAUUUUUUAUGGUAAUUCAAUAACAUAACAACAUAAAUACAGUUGUGCUCAUAAGUUUAUAUACCCUGGCAGAAUUUGUGAUUUUUGUGGUCAUUUUUCAGAGAAUAUAAACAACAAUACAAAAACCUUAUUUCUUUCACUCACAGUUAAUGGUUGGGUGACGUCAUUUAGAAACUUCCCAAACGUCCCUGAUCAAAAGUUUGCAUACCCUUGAGGUUUUGCCCUGAUAACAUAGACACAAAGGUCUAAAUGGCUACUAAAGGUAACCAUCCUCAUCUGUGAUCUGUUUGCUUGUAAUUAAUGAGUGUGUAUAAAAAGUCUGUGAGUUUCUGGGCUCCUGACAGUCCCCUGCAUGUUUCAUCCAGUGGCGCACUGAUGUUGGAUCCCGGGCCAUGAGGAAAGUAAAAGAAUGAUCAAAGUUUCUGCCAGACAAGGUAGUUAAACUGUAUAAAAGAGGAAACAGAUAUAAAAAGGUAUCCAAGGAAUUGAGAAUGCCAAUCAGCAGUGCUCCAACUCAAAUUACAAAGUGGAAAAUGAGAGAUUCUGUCCAACCAAGGUCAGGUAGACCAACGCAAAUUUCAGCCACAACUGCCAGGAAUGCAAAGAAAAAUCCACAAAGAACUUAAGCUGACACACAGGACUCUUAGAAGAAAGUGAUGUGGCUUAUACAAAGUUAUUUGGAGUGAUUGGACUAAAACCAUAAAUGUUACAUUUGGAGAGGCGUCAACAAGGGCUGUGAUAAAAGCCACCGUGAGAACAGCACCCUCUGGUGACGGGCUGCUGUAUAGGUCAUAAAUCCCACCUCCUCCAUCAAUCCCUAUGGAGCUGUGGACAAACUUUAGAGAUUAAUUACACAGAAUAUACAUUUUUCUACCCUCUGGUUGCAAUGUUGACAUGUAGUUACUGUAAGACUGGUUUGUGCUCAAGUCCUCUUUUUUCUGUACAGCUCCAUUUUUAAAAGUUAUUAGGGGGUUCAUGUUUUCUAUGAUUGACUCUUGAUACAGCCUAUGGGCGUACGAAGAUUGUGUUGCUCACCCAGGGGAUGUUUGAGUGGAGUGUCAUCACAGCAAAUUUCGGUAACACUACUGCGCGAAUGGUGGUCCACGAAGUGGAGAAAAUCUCAGAAUUACAGAGAGCAAUUCAGCUUCAAAUUCAUAUGAUGACGGAAGGUGGAACCAAGUCAUCCAUUGUGUAUACAGUCUAUGGUUUUGCUUGGAAUUACAUUUAUCGGUGUGUGGAGCAUCAACUAGUUUUAUCAGUCGUGUUUAUUUCUUGUUAUAAUGGGUAGAAACCAGACAAGAAAAAGACUUCUGUUUCUCAACACAUUGCAUGUAACAUAUAUUUGACGAUGAGACAGUAAAAUAAAAUCAGUCACCCACUAAAAAGUGAAAAGGAUACAAUUCUGAGCAUGUCCAGAUAACACACCAUUAUUCUAAUGUGGUCUCCAGAAAAUCACAAACACUUCCGUUUGUGUUCAGUUUGUGUUUGUGAUUGAAGCCUGCUGACAAUGAUAGAGACAGCAGGUUGACCAUAAGUGAUCUAAUACCUGUAAAAGAAGCAAUAAAUCAUGGUUAAAAUGAAGACAGGUUUUGAAUUCAGAGCUGUGUUACAAGCAUACUAAUACAGACCUGAUUUCAGCUGGCUUUGCUGUCUGACUGUUUUGUGCAUGCAAACGCCUGCAUACAUGACGUGCGUUUGUGUGAGCGUGUGCGUGUGUGUGUGUACAUAUUGAUACUCAUGCCACAUAGUAAUUUGGCUGCAAGUUGAGAGGCUUGAUGAUUGAGCAAACUGAAUGCCUAUAUAAACAACCAUCUCUGUCCUUUCUCUUCCAUUUUUCAUUUCUUCUCAUUUUCUGUGCGAAUCCAUCAUCCAAAUAAUUCCCUUGUUUCCAGUUGUUUCUCCACCUCUGUCCUCCAUCUUUUCCAUCCCAAAUCAUCUUCUCUCUCUGAACUGUCCAGUUUUCUUCCCCAGAUCCAAAUGUUUCUUUCACCUCCUCCUCUCCUUAACUGUCAUCUCCUCUUUCUGUGUCCUUCCCUCUCUUCUCUCACCUUUCCUCACUUCAUCCGCUGUCAUCACGUCUUCUCUUUUCUCCUCUCCUCUCUCCCCAAUUCCACUGGUACUAGGCAGAAGUCGUUGUAGCGGAACUCCAGCCUUAAUGAAGAUGAAACAGCUCAGUGUGUGUAAAUGUGAAUGUGUGUGCGUGUGCAUGUGUGAACAGGCGGCAGAAUUGCCUCUAAAUUAAAUUUAUUUUUACUCUGGUCUCUCCACCUCUGCUUCAAUAUGUAUUUUUCUCCUUCCUUUUCAGGUUGAUCAAACAGAGCGAGGUUCUUCCAACGGUCCUUCAUCUCAUCAUGGUGAGAAACCAAUCUCACUUAAUAAAAUAAUCAGGUUUUUUUUCAGCAGAUCUGCAAAACACUUGGUCAAUUCACCAGUCAGAGAAUCAGUCAAUGUGGUAAACAGUCAGUUAAUAAAUCCCUGUUUGAUUUCAUUACAGCUCAGUAAUACUCUUCCUCCAACCUUCCUCUUCCCUCCCUCUCGCUCUCUCUCUCGCUCCAUGUCACCCUUCUAUAUGUAUUUAUGUAAAUGAGUCUGAGUGGUGUUGACCUAUUAAAGGGCUGGUGUAAUUGACUUGCAGGUCAGCCUAAGAGGGGAGAACGGGUUAAUAGACUGAGAAUAUGGACUCUGCUAUUAAGAUCUCACACAUACACACAGCGCUUGUCUCUUAUCAGCCAAGCAUAACAAUGUUUCCAGUAAACAAUUUAUUUCACCUGACCCUUUUUGCAUACGCGCAAUCUAAUGAACACUCACACAGCACAAUCUGUUUUCAGCAAACUAACUCACUCGUGCUGCAGAAAACAAUUUAGGGUUUGUGCCACACACACACACACACUCACACAUACUCACACCUAUGCAUGCACACAUGCACACACACAUCAAAUAAUCAGUGUUCUGCUUGGCUGGCUGUCCAGCCCCGACCAGCUGAUGUAGAACUUUAAACACUGCAUUCUAACCGUCUGAUUAACUUCUCUCCUGAUUGUUUACUCCUGUCUGAGCCACUCAUGUACAGAUCCAUUAGCGCAGUCUGUAUUGUUCACAUUCAAAUUGAUUUAUGCCGCCUGAAACUCUGCGAUCUGGAUUGAUUUCACCUGUCACUGCUGAUCACACUUGUCAUGGAGAAACUUGCUUAAUUGCAUUUGUCUAGAUGAUGAAGUAGUUCUGUUUCAGACAUGAAAGGACCUCAGGAAGCUUGUUGGACCAGGGUUGCUGAUCAGGUUGGUUGUUGUGGAUUAGGAGGCCCAAGACUCAUUAGAGAGGGAUACAAUUAAAUACUUAAGCCUGAUCUACUAAGAUCCCAAUAGCGAAUACUAAAUUGCGUGUGCAAACUAAAAAAUUGCACGUGCUAUUAGUGGGCGUGUUGCGUGCGCAAUUGAUAACAGGUGCAAAAGUGGUGCUGACCACCCUCUUUUAAUGAGGAUUUUGCGUGCGCUAUCAGCUGUCACCAUGGAGAGUUUGUGAGAGCAGAGAGAUUCUAGAUGGAAAAAGAGGUUUGAAGCCACAGAGUUGCACAUAUCCUUUUGAGGAACUGCAUAAAAGGCAAGGCAAGUUUAUUUGUUCAGCAACAAUUAUACACAAGGCAAUUCAAAGUGCUUUACAGAUGCAAGAACAAUAUAUUAAGGAUCAAAAAAAGAGAUUAAAACAAUUUAAAAUCAAUAAGACAAACUUUUUUUGUUUGUUUGUGUUUUGCUACUGUUCGUUGACCUACAGUAACUGUUUAUAAAAACCGUCAUUUACCAGAAAAACGAAAUAAAUCACAGACUUUUAGACCCGGAUCUCCCCAACACUCACUCUUAAAACACUUGGGACAUCAGCGCUCAGGUCACCCAGCAUUACUAUUACUAUUGCUCUACUAUUUUUUUUUCUGAUAGGCCAAGUAUGUUGACACGAAUAAGAAAAACUCUCUCUCUCUCUCUCUCUCUCUCUCUCUCUCUCUCUCUCUCUCUCUCUCUGAUGAUCAGUCUGAUGAUCUACAUACAUUCUGCAUAUUCAUGAAGGCAAACACGCUUAAUGGAUUGCACAUGCUAUUUUGCUCAUGUGACUGACGCAAUCUGGGCUAUAAAGUUUGCAUGUGUUUUUGUACGCAAACCUUGAGUAGAUCAGGCCCUUAGAUAACUAAACUAAGGCUGUACAUACAUUACAAAUAAAUGUUGAUUUCUUUUGGAAGCAGGACUGUAAGUCAUCAGGUUUAGUGUUGUUUGACUUUCCUCAUUGCUCUCUGGAAAGGAGUUUGUAUUCUGUGAUAUACAUAAUAGUCCUUUCAUGGCUUAUUAGUCUAUAAAGAUCAAAAUAGAUUAGCUUUGUCAUUUGUUGUUACUGACGGGCAGGUUGUCCUAGGUGCAAAUUGAUGUCAUUGUCUUCAGCCUCAGGCUACAGCACAUGAUGAGCAGCAGGCAGGCUUAUCAGCACGUACACAGAUCACACUGAUGCGCACAGAGCCCGCAGGCAGCGCUGGUGUAUCUCAGAGAGGAUCAAAUAGUGAAAUGAGGGCAGAAGGGAGAGGAGAUGUGAAUAACUGUAGGAGGAAGGAGAGGCGGAUUUGUUGGGAGGAGAAAGUGAAAAGGUAAAAAGUAAGGGGAAUAACAGAAAAGGAGGAGAAGAGAAGUGGGGGAAAGUGUAGUCUGCAGCUUUGCUUCUUUUUCCUUCAAAACAGAUCUGUUAUCAAAGGUCAAACCUACAGCAUCAGCAGAUAAACAGGAUGUGUUCAAUCCUUUGCUCAACAUGAUGCCUUCAAUAAAAACUUUCCAGUGUACAGUAAUUUGGUGCAGUUUAAAGACAACUUUGACAGUUUAGUCAAUCCUAUGCAGGCAGGCUUGCGUCCUACAUCUACACAGCAAUUUUACUAACCCUGAUGUGUAACAAGUCGUCACAGGCCUUGUUAAAUACACUUUUCAUUUUCAGACAGAACAAGAGCAAUCGUUCCAGUCAGUGCGUGUGUAAGAAAGCUGUUUUUGAAACCUUAAUUGUUAUUGACCUCGUGUGUGCUGUGAUAGGUGUCCUGCAGUUAGUUUGUCCUUCGUAACAUGUUUUAGGGAGAAACUUGCAGAGAAGAAUUAGUUCAGGGAUAACUUACCUGUUGUCCAGGCUCUAGAGCACCUUUGUAAAGUCAGCAGCACGAUCUGAGCAGCUUAAAGUGAUGGUCCAAAUUCAGUGCUCAGGUGUCUUCAUCAUGAACAUAUGCAUUACUCUAAAGGAUUUUAAAGUCUGAAUUUGAAUGCCAUAGUACAUUUUAGUUUGUUGUUAGGAUUACUCUGGAUUGUUAAUAGCACUGCUAGCAUACUAGAAAAUUUGAGUUCAAAAUGACAAAUGCAUGAAGCCAAAGUUGUUUGGGAGCUUCAUGUGUGUCUUUCUGAGUAGCAGAAGGCUGCUAAUAUUUACAUGUUACUACCCCAAUGGUGGGCAUAUACCAGCAGACCAAAGAGCCAGCAAUGAACGGUACUACAGUGAACAACUUAUCAACUUUAUCAACUUAUAGCUUACUUGAUUAUAUCUCACAUUCAUAAAUUGGUAACUUAUUAAGCCUACAUUUCCCCAUCAAUCUACCACAGGCUUGUUUCCCAUAGGUUUUCAGAAGGCUAUGGCGGCGGAGGGGAGGGGUGUGCGAUCGCGAUGGAACAAUUGGUUUUUUUUUUGUCUGUAAUACACUGUGGGGGAAUGACUUGAUUAUUAGGAAACGCUAACUUAGCAUUAGCUCAUCGACAGUUAGCUAAUAAGAAGGGCGGUUAAUCAAAUGAAAACUACUCGCCCUCCUCAUCUUUUCACAAUUUGAUAUGGUAGCAUUAGCUCUGUAGAGACUUUAUCACAGAAACAUAAAGGUAAAAAAUACAGACAUUUAGCUUCAGUAAAUAAACAAAGUUAACAUUUUGCUGUGACAGUUUCUUCACCCACAUUCUGUGCACCAGCAGCAUCCUGUGUGUGUGUGUGUGUGUGUGUGCCUACCUGCACUUGCACAAUAUGCAAGGAGAUGCUGGUAGCAGUGAAAACGUGGACUGGAGUUUCAUCGGUUCAGGUCUUAUCUCAAUAAACGAGCGGAACAGAUUCAGUAAUGAAGCUCAGACACAGAGCUCUGAAAACAGCGCUGAGUGAACAGGCUAAUGUAUUGAUGGGGAUCCAAAUGAAUGAUUUUUGGUAGCUACACCCAUGAUUACAAUGAAACACUGAAGCAGGGGGAGCUCAGCUCCUGCUGGCUGUACUGACAAGGAGGGCUUCGGCCCAAUUUCAUCUCCGCGCAUGGCACAUUUUUUGUUCAUAUUGUGCAGGCUGAGUGUCAGAUUUGCUGUGGUAGUAACAGUAAGAGGUAAGUAUUUUGUUAGAGACUUACAACUUUUUUUAUUUAAAACUUUUGUCAUGUUGAUGUGUAUUUUACUGACUUUACCAUUUUACUGAUGUGUCACUUUAAUUGUUCUGUAAGGUGUCCUUGAGUGCCCUGAAAUGCACCUAUAAACAGAAAUAAAAAUAAAAUGUGUUUAGAAAUCACAAGUUACGCUUUAAUUUCAUAAAUUUUUUUUUAUCCCAGACAGAAAACGUACCACAAUGUCAGUUGUUGUUUUUUUUCUUCAAUACUGUGGAGCCCUAGCACAAAUGCCAGUUAUCACGUUGUGAGUCAAAUGUGAGAUUAAAUUCCAUAAAAAAUAAUGUUGCCUUCACUUUUUUACGCACAAUUUGCUGAAAUAUAUUAACUAGGAAUUUUAACAUUAUGUCAAGUCAUCAUAGGAAGGUUAAUGUUAGAGAGUGACCGUUUUAAAUAGAAUACAAAGGGUCAGCUGAUCUGUCACUUAUUUGUCUGGUCUCUUCCUUCUCUCUGUAGGCAAACCGCGGUAAUGUUAACAGUGGGCUGAUCCAGAAUGCAGUUGCCUUGCUUUGUAAUCUUAGUGGAGUGGAGCCACUACAGCAACAAGGUACCACAGAUCCACAUCAAGUUUCUGUAGAGAGGUUAUUUCUCUGCUGUGAUAAAUGACCAAAACUCUGUGUUAUUUUGUUUUGUACUAAAUUGGUCACUAGUGCAUGUAUGACUGAGACGUGAGUCCUGGAUAUCUAUCUGUUAUUCACUGCUCAGUGUCUCUGCACUACAUAUCCACUUCACCAGCAUUGGUUAUUGUCAUGUUACUUGUUGACAUCUUGUUUUCCAGCCUGUUGUCAUGCUGCAGAUUUGUGCUUAUUCAGGUCAAUAACCUUGGCUGUGUGCGUGUGUGUGUGUGUGUGUGUGUGUGUGUGUGUGUGUGUGUGCGCACACACAGAAGGGAAAGGCAUUUUUCGUCACUCAGUUGUACUGAAACUCAAUAAUAUUAUAUUUCCUGUCAAUUGCAAUCGAUUGCAGAUUAUUCAGAGGGGGAAGCCAAAUUUAUGGCGUGUCAUAGUGUGAGUAUAUUUUUCAGAAGUUGGAUCUUUUUAGGUUCAUUUCAGCACAAGAGCUGGUCUGGGAUUUAGGAAUUUAAUUAGAGAGAAGUAAGGCACAAAGUUUGUGCAUGUAGGAAAGCAGCCAAAAAUCUAUUAUUAGAGAAUGAAUGUAGUAAAUUAGAAAUGUUUGCAAAAACAUGUUCACACGCACUGCUGCCUGCCUGUGUGUAUAUCUGCCAGCAUGUGUGCAAGUGUGUUUGUGUGUAACUGCAUAUGUUUCAGGAUCCACGGUCCAGCAAAGUUACUCACACUGGCAAUGAAAAUAAGCGAUGAUUGCUUUCACACACUUCUAUUAGCAACUCAUUUGUAAUUUCUCCCUUUAUUGACUCAGUCCUUCACUCAUCAUUUUGUUCAUCCUCCCCAAAACCAUUACUACAAUCACUCUUUCCUGUCUCUCUAUUUCCAUUGGGUCAGCAGUGCGGCAGUUCAGUAGUCAGCAUCAUUAUCGUCCAAUCAGCUCUCCUCUCAACAAGAAACUGUCAACCCAGCACUAAAACUAGCUGGGCAAUUAAUGCUAUCUCCCCCUCCUCUCCUCUCCUCUCCUCUCCUCUCCUCUCCUCUCCUCUCCUCUCCUCUCCUCUCCUCUCCUCCCUGCUUACUUUCCAUUCCCCUUAGCUUUAGAAUUCCUCAUUUCCGUCCUCCUUCCUACCUUGUUACCUUUUUAGCCUGCUCCCCUCUUCUCUAUUUUGGGUCCCUUUUCUAUCCUCCCCACUCCUCUUUCUCCCAACCUCUAGUUGUGGUUCACUCCAGAUCAGUGUAGCAAUGGCAAGAAAGAAGAGAGAGGAAGAGGAGGAGAGAGGAGGAGAAGGGAGGAAGUGUGUAUAAUUGGCUUUUUUAAGGUGUGACAGAGAGAGGAGGGGAGGGGCGGUGUGUGAGCAUGUAUGUAUGUGUGUGUUUGUGUGACUGUGUGUGUUUGGAGCCAAAGAAGUAGACAGUGAAGAAGAGCAAAAUAGGAAGAUGCUAUUUUGUGUUUGUGUGACUGUAUUUGUGCUUAUGCUGGUGUAUAUGAGUGAGGCUGAGAGGAGCUGUGUGUAUAGGGGGGACGGUGGAUGCAGGAGCACAAGUGUGUGUAUGUGUUAGAGAGAGGGAGAGAGAGGAGAUGAGGUUUAUAAUUGGGCAGAUUUGCCUCCGACUGAGAUAAUACCCCCUGGGGAAUGAAGACAGAGGGAGCGAAGAAGAGAUAGGGAGGGAGAGCGGAACAACAGAAGAAGGAAAAUGGCUAAAAAAGCACGAGAGAAGAGAGAGGAAGGGAUGAUAGAAAGUAAAAGCAAAAUGUAAAGGAAGAGGGGUAGCAGUGAGAUGAAAGAGGAAGAAAGGGAUAGAGAGAGAGAGAAUGUGAUGUAUUUAGGUUGGGGUCCUGGGAUGGAGGGAUAAGAUGAUGGUACAGAAAACGUGUAGUUGACAUGAGAAGUGGUAAAAAGAAGUGGAAGGGGGAAGACUAACAAGACGUAUUUCAGUAAGAGACAUUUCAUCAACAAACUCAUUCUUAUUUCAUAUGAUAAUGGAUGGCUUAGUUCUAAUUUGAAUGUGGAAAGUCAUGGUUAUGAUCUGAUUAUAUAAGCAUGUGAAGCCUGGAGCUUUUCUGAUGAGAAUACAUUUCAGACUCAUUUUGUUGGCACACUGAGAAGCAGACUGUGUGAUUUGAUAAGAAAAUGGACACAUCUAGAGCAUGCAGAGCUGCUUAACUUUCUCCAAUAAUUCAGAGGAGUUAGCUAGGGAGCAUCUCCAGAGUUCAGUCAUGGGCUGACAAGUUGUCAGUUAAACUAAGUGUGAUUUUCCCUCCGUUAGCUUAGGAAAUCUCUGGGUGAUCUAUCUGUUUUUUUUUUUUAGGGUCAAUGAGUUUUCUCUCCGGGUUUGAUCUGCCAUCAGUAGUUUUUUUUUGACUCUGUGGGAUGCCUAGAGGAAUCUUUGGGGUAAUUUCCUCUGUUCUGGUGCUAUCUACUUGAUUUGUAACCUACUUUUUGAGAUUGCCGUUUAAAAUUAGGCUCAGGCUUAAGUUAAUUUCCCCAAACACUGUCUGAAAAAUUCUAUAAUGGUUCUUUCAGAUUUUUUCCAUAUGUGUCCAAUCAAUAAGAAUGCCCCCUGGCAUAAUUUAUGCCACAAAGCUCUGUCUUCCUUAUUAAUAUUAACAUAUUAGCAAGCACCCAGGAGGUCAUCGGCUUUACAACUUUACAUAAUGCCAAUCAAUAACACACUCAACAGUAACUCUAGGAUGCACCACAGUGGGUCUUAAGCACUUUCUGUUGAAUAUGAUGCUGUUUGUAUCUUCAUCCCCUAAAAGUAGUGAGAAGUUAUUGAUUGAUGAGGAUUUGUAAAUAAAGAUAUUUGGAUUUACAAAGAACAACAGCUGGGUGAAUAAGUAAUGAUGUGGCAGAUAUUUUCAUAUUUCUAUCUGUAAUGCCAAGGUGCCUACAUGCCCCAGAUUGUAUCUGUAGUCUGGAAGUGUUCAUGGCAUAGACCAUGUUUUUUCUUCAGCUAAACUGGCUUAAACAAAAAUUGCAAAUAAGCAAGUCAUCAUAAAUGUGGCAUGUUUGCGUGUCCAAAGCACCCCCACACUCAGAUUUUUUGGAUGCUGCUUUUGCUGUUCUUGAUUAGUUUUCAGUCACAAGCAAAUGUGAGCCCUUAAAAGCUAAUCCAACUGAACAUGGACAACAUCUCCAUCCAUUUUGUUUUAAUUACAAACCUAAGACCAAAAGACCUGACUGGAAAUGAUGAUAUAACCCUGUGUCUGUCAACUUUAGUUCUCUCAAUCAGACAUUAUUGAACCAAGAUGGCACCUAAGAUGCCUGUUAACAGUUAUCUAUCAACCUAUUUAUCUCCAUCCAUCCAUUUUCUCCUGCUUAUCUAAGAUUGGGUUGACCCAGAUGUUACUCUCCAAAGCUACUGUAUGUUUUCCAACCCCUUCUGGGGGAUCGGCGUUCCUAGGCCAGGUGGUAUAUGUUAUCUCUUCAACAAGCUAUCUAUCUAGGGUGCGCCUUCCAACUGGAAGUGUACUAACAACCCCAAAAGGAGCCAUCCAGGAGGCAUCCUUAUUAAAUGAGUGAACCAACUUACCUGAAUAAUUUUGAUGCAGAGUAAGACAAGGCUGUACUCUGAGCCCCCACCAGAUGCUGAAGCUCUGCUCUAAAGCAUGUCAUGACCACUAGUGAGGGUUUGAUGGGCAUUGACUGGCAAGUCCAAAGCUUUGCCCUCUGGCUCAUGACUUGGAAGUUGCUGACUCUCAUCACAGUUCCACUCCGCUACAUACCACUCCAUGCCUGCUGGUGGUUACCUCCAAAAAAGAACCACAUCAUCUGCAAGAGGCAAAAAACUUGAUUCUGGGCCCUAAAAACUGGAGACCUUUCUCCCUGUGGUUGCACCUUUGAUCCCAUGCAUUACCACAAACAGAAUAGGUGACCAAAGGCAUACCUGGAAUUGACCUACUCACACUGAGAGCAUGUCUGACUUUGUGCUGAACAAGCAGACACAACUUUUGCUUUGGUCCUACAGAGAUCAAGUAGUUGAAAGUAACAGUCCCAAAAUCCUGUAUUCCACCAGUCGCCCCCUCAAAAGACCUUCCAGGGAACAUGAUUGUGGACCUUAUUGAAUUUCCCUUUGAGGAUCAAUAAAGUUCUUCUUCUUCUUCUUUUUCCAAGUCCAUAAAACACAUGAAGACUAGCUGGACAAAUAUACAUGCCCCCAGGAGCCUUGCCAGACAAACAGCUGGUCCACUGUACCAUGGCCAGGGUGAAAUCCACAUUGUUCCUGUAUCUAACGUUUGGCAAUAGGCAAAGCUUCUUUUCCAGCACCCUAGAGUAAGCUUUUCUUGUGAAACUGGGAACACAGUGUUUCUCGUCUCCAGUUCAAGUCAGCACUAAUUUAUCCCUGCUGUAAAAAGCCUGAGUGAAGCCCUGCUUUUCCUUUCUGAGCCGCCUGAAGGUUUGCCUCAACUUCCUUGAGUGCAACUGAAAGUCUGUAUCCACAGCCUCCUUGAACUCCCACACCUAGUCACAACCAUCCUAGCUAUCCAGUGUGUAUCAGUGGUUUCUAGAGACUCAUGUGCCAGUGAAACCUGAAAGGCCUCCUUCAGCAUGGUGUAAACCCUGACCAACAGUUUCUACCACCGCGUUGGAACAGACUCACAGGCACCAAUGGCCUUCAGAUCACAACUGAUGGUAGCCAGUAGCCACCCUCCCAAUGGAGGCUUUGAACAUGGUCCGUUUUGUAACAGUCUGCUCUGCCCCUCUCCUGCUCUGCUGCUCAGCCACACCCCUCAUCAGCUAACUGCUUCCACCUGCUGCUCUCACCUGCUCAUCAUCUCCAAUCAGACCAGUAUAUAUGCAGCUUCUUUCCCCUCACUCUUUGCCAGAUUGUCUUUGCUCUCAUGCCUGACUCUCCAGCGUUUAUCCUCGGACUGCUUACCUGUUAUCGACCUGAUCUGCCCCUGACCUUUGCUUCUCGCCUCAGCCCCGGUAAACCUACCUGCCUUCUGUCCUUGACUACGAGCUUUGCCUGCCUGUUUCCUGCUAUUCGUCUGCCUGCGGCUGAAUGGCACUCAGCCUGUUCCUGCUCUGUUGAGAUCCCCCUUCUCGUCAGCUUCACCUCGCCAACUCACCUCCUCUGCCGACGUUGCUUCUGCCAGCUCCUCUGCAAGCUCUGGAUCCUCACCCAGUCCUCACCUGAACCUCUCUCCAAGAAAUCUUCCCCCAGCUGUGAGUUGAGCGUUUUCCCCUUCUCUACACUCGUAGAGCAAAUUAAGACUGUGGACAAUUCCCUGCUCACGAGUCCAAAAUUCUUGCCUGACCUGUGGUCCACUGCUAAUCUGCUCGCCUAUCACCCGGAAGACCCGAGUUCGAAUCCUGCCAUACCCACCUGCUAUACUCUGCUGCUUCAUUGGAUUUGGUGUUAAAUAAAGACUGUUGUUAAAGUGAACCUGCUUGUUUGUGCUGCAAUUGGGUCCAGUCAAUACCCGUUACACGUUUAGAUUCCAAACUCCUCCAAGAUGCAAAAGAAAUUGUUAUGGAGUUGUCAGUUGUUCCCAGUUGGGAUCAGAUGGCACAGAAGGCUCACCACCAUGCUCAUGAACCACCUACGCUAGAACAUGGUGUUCUUCAUAGCCAAUCCAUGGCCAGCACAGAAGUCCAAAAACAAAGCACUGGCAGACAAUACCUCCCAGUCGCCCUUCUCCAGGUGUCUCCAUCACCCACAUGGGCAUUCAAAUUCCUCAGAAGAAUUAUGGAGUCUCCAGGUGGAGUCCCCUCCAGAACCCAAGACAGAGACUCCACUGUAAGGCACUGUACUCUGAAAUGUUAUUUUGAAGCAAACAGAGGUCAGAGCCUUUCUUCUGGUGACCUGAAGUUACAAAGAGUUUUUUCCUGUGGAAACUCAGUACACCCACAUCUGACUGGUGCCUCUGCCCCCAAGAGGCAAGAGGCAACUCAACUUCUGAGUAUGAGAGAGUCGAGCCCUUCUCUACAGCUACUUAAGGUGAUGUCCCAAAUCCCAAGGACCUGUCUAUGUCGCCAGAGAUCAGCACAACCAGGUCCACUUUUUCAGCUGCCAUCUGGCUGCCAAUAUACAUGGCUUCCAUGUAUAUUCCCACAGGUGGUGGGCCCACAAGGACCCAAUUGAUUAACGGAUUGAUUCAUUUAUUUAUCAAUUUGUUUGCCUUUUUAGUUAGUAUUUUUAUGCAGUGUGCCAGUUUUUGAUGGUGCUUUUGCUUUUGGCUUGAAGGCUUUCUCUGAUGUUUGCCAUUUUUGUUAACGUAGGGUAGGAUCACCAAAUCUCAACCAGUGUGUAUCGGGUAAAGAUUUGGAGAAUGGCAUAAAUAUGGAGAAUAAAACUUUAGCUUUUAUCUUUUAGACGCUUGUUAAGCAUACAUUUUAUUAGACUUGCUCUUACGUCUGUCCUUGAGGGAGACUUACCCAGAGCCAGCACGAUGUAUCAAUGAAGGUCACAUAAUUGUUGCAACCUUUAAUUGAACUCUUUCUUCAUGAACUAGCACAGUAAUUUAUGUAGUUAGUUUAUGAACUCUUUUUGUCCCCUGGCUUCUUUCCUGUUUUACUCAGACAGUAAUGCUCUGAGCCACUUUUCCUGUUAAAUCCCUGUAGUGCUCAUUUAGCAAUGGUUAUAAAUAGAUAAUACAGAAAAGGCAUUGUACAGUGUCUAUUUUUAAUCUAUUUAAAGUCUAAACUGCAAAAUAAGACUGGGCACAAGACUUGUCAUUCCACUAUCACUCAAAAUGAGCAAUUAACUUUAGUUUCCAGAUAGAAUUGAUAAAGUUGACUUGCCAGAGUCACCUGUAUGAAGUUGCCCGUAGUUACAAAGAUGCAUGUUUUUCCACGUUUGUUGCUCACUGCACUGCUUGUAAUUGCAUCAUGCUCAGCAUACAUUCACAAAGGUUACGCUGGGUGCAGUGGGUGCUCUGCCCUAAAAAACAUACAUGUAUCUAAAGUUUCUGCAAAAGAUAACUAAACUUAAAAGCCUGUGUGUGUGUGUGUGUGUGUGUGUGUGUGUGUGUGUGUGUGUGUGUGUGUGUGUGUGUGUGUGUGUGUGUCUGAGUAAUGAAAACAUUCACUUUGCAAUCUCUAAUGUAUAUCAGAGUAGAGAAAAAGAAGGGAGUCAUACUGUGAUACACACUCUUUUUUGUCCCUUGGGUUAAUGUAUUUGCAACAUAAGACUCAUAACAAUGACCAUAUUAAUCUCUAAGUAACACUGCAGUGUGUGUGCAACACUAGAAGCAAAUCCAGCUCCAGAUUUUUUCCCACUUUUGUGCUUGGGUUUUCCAGGUAAGUCUCUGUUUUCCACCUAAUGCGUAAGACAUCAAACAUUGAAACAUACAGUCUUAUAAAAUCUUAUAAAAACGUCUUUUUUUUUUUCACAAAUUUUCUCAGCAGCCGAUGCUCAUUGUGCAUGAUCAGUAAAAUGUGUUUUCCAAAAGAGCCCAUCGUGUAGAGGAGCUGUGCAGUAAUUAUUGCAAAAUUAUGUGAAUUUGAGUUUGGAAAUGUUAACUCGUCUGAUGGUGAUUCAGCCAGUUGAGAAUAAAAAGCUUCCCAAGCCUGCAAGCAAAUAAGAGAACACUGUUUCCAAAAUUUUCUCCUGUUUAAAAUGCAAACUGUGCUUUGCUGGUGUUGAUGUACUUGAGUCUUUUGAGGUAUUUAUGUGAAACUUAUUUUUUCCUGUUUUUUUUUCUUUUUUUAGUGUGUUGUUUUUGUCUUAAGUUAAAAUCUGCAACUUUAUUUUGUUCAUUCCUCUUGGAGAAAUUCAGUGAAACAUGCAACACUUAAGAUGGAGCCACAGCAAUCUUAAGUUGUCAAAUUUAUGAGCAGUAUCAGAGACUCACUUUGUUUUGUCCUUGUCACCCUUCUACUAGUUCCUCUGUGUUUUUACAGUGACUCACGAAGUAUGUCACCAGGUCUGUUUCGUUUGGAAGACCAGCUGGUCUAAUCUGAAUGUAUUGACACCAUGAAAAAAAAUAAAAACAUUUCUGAUAGCAACAGGUGGUCUGAAGAGCCACAGAUUACUGGCAGUGUUUAACUAAAACAGAAGAAGCUGGUGUCUUUCCAAAUACUGUUGGAUAAGCUCUUUCCAAUUUCAGCCAAUCCUUUUCCAUAGCCUUGACAAGGUUGUCCUCAAGUACAUCUUUUUUUCCUCUCUCCCGUUUCCAAACUCAAGUCAGUGCAAAUUUUGAGAAUCGCUUGAGAUAUUUCAGUCACUUUUUUUCAGCUAUUUUCAAAUAUGUGUUUCUUGUUCACAAAGUCAUUAUCAAGAAUGUUUGGAGUGGGAGCACAAAAAUCUAAAAUAGACAUCCUUUUAGUGUUGUACAUUAGCAUAUAUUACAGCAGAGUGCUUUGCAUUCGGUCUCGACAUGUUGUCCAGCAUUACACACAUUACUCCAAAUGAUCUGUCCCCUGUGCUCUAAUAGUACCACAUUCCAUGCUCUCUCAUGACAAAAACACAUUAUGUAUUCCUCACAGAAAUAUCUCCGUUCAGACUAUUGUAUCUUUAAGUAUUAAUGGGAGAGAAGACAUGGAGGAUGCACAUCUGAGAAGGGAAUUCUGCUUUUGGCUUCUAUGUACAACCCUGAGAUGAUGAUGUGCUUUGAAUUUGACCAACAAACCUAAGCUUUUAUGCUGGACUGAAUAUCCUGGUAUCUGAUUGAGACUAAAAUAAGGAUCAAGUUUAAUAGAUGUCUUUAAUCUUUGUGUUUAGUUACAGAUGCUUUUAUAUAUAUAUGGUGAAGUUACACCUAACAGAUAACCACAGACUAAGAUUAACAUAUACAUGAGCCUCUAUCUGGAGCAGUAGUCAUCUGAACAGGACUGCAUUGUCAGAUCACAUUAACAGCAGUGGUCUUUUUUUUUACUCAACAGUCCAAAGCAGAGCAGCCUAUUUAUUUAAUUAUGAGGCAGCUUGACAAAGUAAAAGUACAUCUUCCUGACAGCAGGCCAACUAUAACAGCUUUCUAAUGUCUGCAGUGUUUCAGUCUCACUUACAAAAAUAAACCCUCUCACACUGUCUACCAUCUAAAUAAAGAUCUGUUGGAAUAGAAAAUAAUACUGGGUGUAUUUUCCCCAGUGAGGACUAAUGUAAUUCAUUUUUCAUUUGGCUGUAACAUUUGUGCAUUCAGAAACAAAAGUACAACUUUGGACUGACUGAUAGGCACAUUGUAGACACUUGUGUCAUGUCAGGACAGGAUUCAUCUGGUCCUUACUCACAAAGAUGUGAAGGCCUUAGGGACAGAUGCCAAUGCAAACUGCACCAAUGGAGCUGCAAAAUGCAGAGUAUCCUCUGUGUCAUGUUAAAUUUAACAAGCAAAGGAACGCGGUUUUGCACUUAAGCAGAAGCUUUUUAUUCAUGGCUUUGCAAGGGUUUGCAGCUUUACAACUUGUUCUACAUGGGCGAUUUUCAAGGGAGCAAUAAAAAGAGGUGUGAGGGAAGGGAAACAGAUGUAAAGACCAGAGCAGAAUGCAUUUUUGGAUCCGUAUCGAAAUCCAGUUAUAGUUUGUUGUUGCUGUUUUUAACACCAUUGUUUGGACUUGGCUGUUUACAAUGUGAUUUUCAUAAAUUAAUUCAACCCCACAAGUUCAAAGCCUGUUUCAGUAGUCAGAUGUCAAAUUCAGCAUUUUUUUUUCUCUCUGCUGGGCAAAGUGGUGACAAUGAGUUGCUAAUCAACAUUAGAGAGAGAGUGUCCCUCAUCCUCUGUGGGGGCUAUUGAUCCACUGUGGAGUCCAGCCAGAGCCUGCAGCCACAGACAUCAAGUCGAGUCUGCUCAGGUGUUUUUUAUAUCCAUGACAUACACACAGGCACAGCUGAGAGAGAGAGAGAGAGAGAGCAAGGUGUUUGGUAGGUGAGAAUCCAUAAGUUUCUACUAUAAAUGGUUAAAACACAACAGACUAUAAGCUUUAUCUGUGAUUAAAUGAACAAAUGCACAGAAUGAUGUUUUGGUUCCAUCCUAUUUUGGGAAAAUGUUUAAAAAGGCAGCUCAAAGGUUGAUGUUUUCCAUAAAUGUCAAUUUUGUGAAGUGAACACAAGCUUAUAGACUGACAUGAUGUAACUUGUAUAACAUCUAAUGCACCUGGCUGCAAAUAUCUGAAAAUACACCUGUUUAUCCAUUGUUUUUUUCCACUGUACAGACUUAAUAGAGGUGGUGGUGAGCACUCUCUCAGAAGCUGCUGAAGUUCACAUGAAGGGAGCUGGGCAUGCUGGGAGGAAGGUCAGUCAUCUGGUGUUACAGGCUCUUCUGGAACUGCUUCACAACAUCUUAAAACAGACAUCUGCCGUUGUCCGCUCUGCACUACAGGUAUGAAGUCUGCGACACGACCAAUGAGAACAAGCGUAGCAACCUUUGAGCAAAAUCACACGCAGAUCAAAUAUUCCACCAAAAAAUAUAUAGGUAUAUAACCACCAUCUUUACUUGUAAUUUCUCAAAUGCAUAAGCACUGUAUUUUAAAGAAAAGCCAAAUCCCACAGACAGAGCUAACAGCUGGUACCAUGAGGUCGCUACCGCAGUGACUGUUGUGUGGGGUGGAGGAAAAUAAGAGACCUCAGAAAGGAAAAAUUAGGAUCUUUGAGUCUCCAAUGAAUAAGAAGUUAAUGUAGGUCCAUUCUCAAUUUUUUUAAGGCUGUGGAAAAAAUAUUAGCAUUUGCCUGUAUGUAUAAGUUUAUACAUACAGUCAUUGCAAAAAUCCUGCGACAGUCACAAUAGUCAAAGAUUUUUUUACAUAUGCAUCCGAUGUGUUGAUUGUUUCCCUGCAUCAUGAUCCAGAGGUCUGUACAGGCUGCUCCAUUUCACACAUUAAUUCACAACUAUUUACCAGUUCCAUCUCAGUUGAGCACAGAUUCACAAAGUCAACUCCCUCCAAAUGCUGCCCUUGUAUCAUGUCCCUAAAGGCUUGUGUGUGUGCGUGUGUAUGUGUGUGUGUAUUCUUGCGAAUGUGUGUGCAUGUUUCCAUUGAUGUGUGUAGUGGAAGCUACUAGGUUUAAGCAACAGCAAUAUUGAAGUUGUGGACUCAGGAGGAAGCGGAUGAGGUCCUGAAUCCAUGGGACACGGACACACACGCACACACACUCACAUACACAUGGACGCACAUACUUACAGGCAUACACAGAGGGGCCUGUCUGGCUAUGUCCCUGCGGCCUCAUUAUCACCACUGGCUUUGUCCUCAGCUUGCCUCCCUACACACAGACACACACACACUGACAUACGCUCACAUAUACACAUACACACCAGCCCCCAUCUCCCCAUAGUGUGCACCCCAGCCCAACGCAUACAUAUUAAUGCCUGGACAGGGGGUGGGGGGAGUAAAGGGGAGGCAGGGUUGAAGACUUGGUGGAAAAGAGAAGGACAGACGAGAGAGAAAGAAGGAUAGAGAGAUAGAAAGCGAGACAUAGAUGGAAAGGGAGCAGGCAGAAUGUGCAGUGGAAAUCAAUUCUGCGAGAAAUGCAAAGCUCAUUAAAAAGAAAAACUUCAGCCCAAACCAAAUUCAUUUGGGUAAUAAGGUCUGAUAAGGACGGAGGACGUGACUAGAGCCCUCCCCAAACUACCACUCUGUUGGUCAAGGGAGAGAGAGCCUGAGAGUAUAUAUAUAUCCUAUAGAAGAAAAAAGAGAAGGGGAGAGAGAGAGCAAAACAGAAAAGUGACUUUGGAUGAGAGGACAAAAAAAAACUGUGUCAGAAUUAAUCACAUAAUUCAAGCACUAAUUGGCCUGAAGUUUUCCUGUAGGCAUGAACUGAACUAAAAUGAGCCAAAGUCAGGGACAGAGGUGAGACUGAAGGGGUUUAGUUAAACUUAAAAAUGACAAAAAAAAAUGUUCAGACUGUUUGCUACAAACAAGUGCUUUUUUAUAGAAGGUUUAAAAUAACUCAACACAUGCAGAAAAACGAUAGUCCAAUCUAUGAGUGUGUCUCUGUCUGACAGAAUCUGUCCUGGCAGGUCUCUGGAUCCAUCAUUAUUGACUGUCAAAUCUCUAUAAAUGAUUUAAACCUCUGUGUGUGUGUGUGUGUGUGUGUGUGUGUGUGUGUGUGUGUGUGUGUGUGUGUGUGUGUGUGUGUGUGUGUGUGUGUGUGUGUGUGUGUGUGUGUGUGUGUGUGUGUGUGUGUGUGUGUAUAGAGCCAGAGGCUAUCUUGUCCAGCAGUGGAGACGGAGGCAGCAGAGAAGCUGCUCCUAGAAAACCGACCCCUGAGCCAACUCAGCACACUCCUCAUUCACAUGGUGAGACCAAUACUCACAGGGCCCCUGUGUGUGUGUGUGUGUGUGUGUGUGCUUGUGUGAGUGCACACGCACACCUUGCCGUGUGUGUGUGUGCGGAUGUGCAUGUGUGGGUGUGUAUGUGUAAUAGUAAAUGCCUUGCAUGCAUACAUAAAUAUUUCUGUUGCCCUUGCAUGCACCGCUGUGUACUGUAAGUCUAAAUGUAUGCCUGAUAAUGUGUGUGUACGUGUAUUUAUGCGAAGCAGUGUGUGUGUUUGUGUGUGAUAGAAAGAGAAUAAGAACAUACAGUGCAUUUGUUUGUUUGUUUUUUAUCAGGAAUCAGUUUGUUCAGGGAAAAUUGUACUAUUAGGAAAAAAGAUAGCUAUAAAUUACAAGUAAAGCAACAAUCAAAAGAUUUCUGGUUGAAUUUUAAGUUAAUUUCAUAGGCAGCAGUAACUAAUGCCCUGCAGAGCAGGAGAACAGAAACACCAAAUCUGUAAACUAGAAUAAUUUUGACUGCUGUGAUAACCAAAACACAUAUUUAGACCAAAUACAAAAAACUUAAGGACCUGCUUUCUGCAUUUUGAACAGCAAGACAACCGAGCAAGUUGAGAUGAGAAUAAGGACUUCAUUGAUCCCCAAAGGGAAAUUCAUUUGUAUAUAGAUAUUAAUCUAUAUGUAUAUAGAUACAUACUUUCAAGGAGGGCAAUACAGAUAUGUCCUUUUCUGCAGAUGUAGUAAUGAAAUCAAUGAACAACUCGUACUGAUUCAAAUGCCUGUUCAGACUCAACUUCUGUCCUCUUAUUUCUUACUGUGUUUCCUCUAAACAUAUUUACUCUGCUACAUGUUACUCCAUGUUAUGUAAAAGCAGCAUGCUGCUCAGGAAAUUGCUUGUAUAUUUCAGUGCAGAUGAUUACUCCGGGUUUGUGAAGUAAUUUUACUAAAGUCAUUACAAAUAUUAAUCCCACAAAUCUGCAGAAAAGGCUCUUAUUUCUGCAAGUGCCAGCACAGAAAGUGAUGUAAUCUGACCGCAAGGAAGAUAAAUCUGGGUACAAUGUUGGCUUUUUCUUGCUCAGGGAAAUGUGGAACUGUUGUUUUAAUUGUCAUAUGAAUAAUUCUAAUAAUAACUCUGUGACCGACUAAUAAUCACCAAAAUCAGAAAUUCUUAAGACUGGAGUUUUUUUCUCAUUAAAAAUAUUGUUUUGCAAAAUAACACCCUUUGUCUGCAGUCAGAUUCAUGCAUUGAUGAUUGAAGUACUUUUAAAUAAGCAUUACAAUCCAGCCAAAUUCAAGGUCUCCUUCUUUCCAUAUAAGCAAUAUUUUCACACCCCAAUAAUGACAUGGUUUUUAUAAAAUUCUGAAUUGAAGCUGGUUAUAAUGAAUGCCAUAGGGUUAAGCUUUUGAAGGGACAGUAUAGAGGUGAGAGGAUGUAAUGAGAUUUAAGAGCGAUGCAACGAGAGAGGGGAAGAUGGGGGGUAAACCAUCCAACCAACCAGCCAAAGAGAGGAGGUGCAGUGAGGCAUCUUGGGAAGUUGAGGGCAUAAAGGAGGGGGGUUAGGAGAGUGGGAGGAGUAGAAGAGGAGGUCUCAAGGGACACAAUAGAGGUUUUUACUUAUACUUGACACUGUGAGUGUUGAGUGGGCGUCUGUGUGCGGUUGUGUAUGAGGGGGUUAAGGGGGCAGCUGACACACCCCGGCCUCCAAGCAGCCUCUUUGCCCCAUGGGAGAUUAUUGCAAUAGAGACAGCAGAAGUGUCAAUAUGAUCCCCGAAUAAAUAAAACUGCCUAACUGGCCUCUGUAAAGAUUAUAUCUUUCAAAGGAGUGAUGGGUUAUUGAAGCAUUGACGAAUAGGCAAUACGACUAGUUUAUUAAUGUGGUGAGGGCUCAAUUAAAAGAACUAAUACUAGAAGUACAGAAAUUAGACAGAACAUCAAUUCAAAGUAACACUGCUGGAGACAAAAUCCAAAUUAAGUGAUAUAUUUAUAUAUAUAUAUAGCCCAAUCACUCUGACACAGCUCACAGCAGCUUCAUACAUUUCUCACAUAAUGAUGAAAAUUGUUUACUAAUUUAGUUCAGAUUCAUUAUUAUUAUUAAUGUGUGUAGAGGUAUGAGUAACUUUCUGAAUCAAUCUCAUGUUUUGUUGAUGAUAAAUAUUGUAAGUAAUGCUAGAGAAAAAAACUCAGGAUAUAUUUUUUAACCUUUACAAAAGGUGCCAGAGUUACAUCAGGUAGCAUGUGGUGCUGUUUGUAUCAUUUUUCCUCUUUAAACUGGUUUCCCUUUUUCUAGCUGUCCACUGAGAAUCAGGAGGUUUGGGAGGAGACAAUUCGGUGUCUGUCCUUACUGGUCCAGCUGUACGGAGGAGAGGACUGCGACUGUCUGUCACCUUCCUGUUUGCAGAGCUUUUCACAUGUUCUGAGCAUACACAUGCACAGUGAGACCCCGAAAAUCCAACGCAUCACACUCAGGAUCAUCAAACGACUGGUGAGUGUGGCGCACACUUAGACAUACAGACACAAAUGUGACCCGCAUUUGUUUUAUCAGUGAUCAUCAUAUCACUGUCCUGACGUGUAUGAAUCAAGCUCAUCAAAGAUCUCAGCUCAGAAUAUUAACCCCCAAAAUACAACCACUGCACACCGGAUCAACUGGAAUAAUACCAACAGUUUGAGUGCAGACAUACAUUCACUCACUGAGACAGCCCCGCUGUGCUGCUGCUCUGAAAACAGCGAGUAGUUUCAGCAGACUGACAGAGGGAUGGAGACAGAGAAGGAGAAAAGGUGUUCGUCUGUAUCUGCCUGUCAUUCUCAGUUCAAGUGUCUCUCCAAUUUUGUCUGAUUGUCAAAUUUUGAAAUGAUAUGUGUUACAGGACAAAGAUGGCUGACUCAUGAGUGAGCACACUGCAGGGUAGCAGGUAGAGAUCAAGUGAAGCCUCUACCUCCUGAAUACACUGAAUAACAUCAGCUCUAUAUGUAACAUGAAGAAAUCUGACGCAGGCAGCUGCUGCACACUUAUUUCAAAAAAUCAACCAGGUUUUAACAAGGUGGCAGUUCUUGAAAGACACAUGACAGCCCACAGCUGCUGCAACAUUUCACUAUUACGAGUAUACAUAUACUGUAACGUAGCCUGACUGAGAGCUUGAUCUGAGGCUUGAUAUCUUAAAUCAAAUAGCCUCAGAGAAAGUUAACUAAACAGCAGUACAACCAGUAAAAUUCAAACUUAUGAUUUAUCCACAUCAUCAGCCCUGUGAUAGAAGCAUUUGUGGACAAGAUAUUGCUACAUAAAAUGUAGGGGUGGGAGGAAAAAAUCAAUACAGCACAGUGUCGUGAUAUUUUGUCUGGUGAUAUAUCGUAUCACGUAUCAAUUUUUCAAAUUAAUUGUUAAUAUGAAGUCAAAUCUAUGAUAACGGAAAAAUAAAAUCAACUGUUUGUGCAGUGAGGUUGGCAGAGGUGACAUAAUAGAGCAGGGGAAAGUUAGUGCAAGAAAAAAGUAUAAGGUUUGCAGUGUUGUAACGUCAUUCUACAACUUUGCCUUUAGUCAAAUGCUUAUCCUGCAAAGUAUCCUGGUGAUUUGUGAAAACAAAAACAAGGAGGUUUGGCUGCUGAGACUUAACAGUACUUUAGUUUUAGUGGUGCAGAGACUUCAAAAUCGCAGUGUUUAUUAAGAGGAUGCCGUAUUUGCAUUAAUCUAUAAAUCUUUAGAAUUGACUGAUAAUUUGACCUCUAAAGUAAAAUAGAGGUUGGCUUGCAGAGCACCUUCCUGAAGAAAACUCCCAGAAGAAAAACAUGACGAGUUUAGAAAGUGGUUGAUUGACAGCCCAAUGAAUUAUGUAAAUUGCGUUUGUAAAGAUCUGGUUUGGCUACAGGUUAUGAGUACAGUAGUUUCAGCUCAGGGAUGCAAGGUCAGCUAACACUCUGAAAUGAUACUGUCUGACUGACUGAAGGCUGUGCCUGAAAGCGGCCUGGCAUGCAUGUCUGUGUGUGUGUGUGUGUGUGUGUGUGUGCGUGCGUGUGUGUUUGUGUGUUAUUUUUUUACUAAUUAGUUCCAGACACCUGAACCACCCACACAAAAAUUCUAUCACACACACACUCUCAGUCUUACCUCUGUCUCUUUCCUGUCUGUCUCUGGUAGCAAAUUUGUCCUCUUGUGAAACUCCCUCAUUACCCUGUGUGCCAACAGCAAUAGUAACACUGAGGUGUGCGCCUGCUGUCCUGUGUACCACCCCAAGCAACACUAAAAAAGCGUGUGUGUGGGUGUGUGUGUGGGUGUGUGUGUGUGUGUGUGUGUGUGGGUGUAUGUGUGUGUGUGUUCCAGCCUUUUUCGUGAAACUAAUGGAUGAGUCACGAGGUAGCUCAAGGCUGCGAAUAGAAAUAAUUUAUUUGCUCAAAAAAGUACCCAUGAACCCAUCUGUUCCCUUAGUCAUUUAACUUAUGUACAUUAUAUGAUUUAAAGAGUUUAAUCAUUGAAAUGCCUUCAAUAGAUCUGUAAAAACUCUCCCCUCACCUUCUGUGUCCUUACUGACGGAGUGCUUAAGUUAAAACAUCUGACAGUAGCGUGAAGCUGUUUGUAGGUUUCUCUGGAACCUUUUAAGCCAUCAUCCGGUUUGUAUGCAGAAAACAAUGUGCACCUUUUCAAAGAAUGUAUCAGACACUCAUUAUCCACGGAUCAAAAAUGUUUCACACUUAUACCAUCACAGACGCACAGUGACUCACACAGUCUUUCAAACACACUCCUACACACUCAGAUAAGUGUCUGCCCUUUAACAAAGGCUUUUUAAUUAUCUUUCAUUGAUUUCAGGGCUCUGUUAAUCUCAAUCAAAGACCCCGCUAAUAGCCUGAAAACUGCAAAGGAGGAGAGAGGGCGAAUGAAUCAAGUCUGUGUUAGUGAAAUUUUCAACUUGUCUUUUUUCAACACACACACACACACACACACACACUACUUGGAAAGACUCAAAGGGGAAUGCUAAUCAGAUGAGAAAAGAUUUGACAGAGAAAAAUCAUUUGGUCUUUGUUGUGCAGCAGUUUAAUAAGAAUUUUUGAAAUGCUCCUUUAAACUCUGGCAACAUGGAAUUGAUUGUUUCAAGCAGUUUGUUCCUUUUGCACAAAUCCUAUCCCUCUCAGGCCCCAUUCAUGUAUGUAAGACUAUAAUGUUAAGGUAAUGUUUUUUAGUAUUUUAGUUUGUAGCGUUUAUUCCGAGUACUCCUUCACCAUUUGACAAACCUGAGUCUCUGGAUGCUGAUGCUCUUUUAUAUUCCUCCUAUCACUGCUUGUUAAUCCCACUCUUAUGUCUUGAAGCUUCUUCCGUUCUUAUUCCCACAGGACAAAACGUCUCAGCGCAGAGUCUUCAAAAUGUCAGAGGAUAUUAUGUCCAAUUAUUGUAACCUUUUACAUGUUCCAGUCAGGGACACUGAGACUUUUAUCCAUCAUCCAUCCAUCAAUGACAAAAAGCGGCUAACCCUGGCAAGAUGGACAGUAUCGCUCUGUUUUUAUGACUCUAAUGUCUAAUGACAGCAAAACCAAAAUCAUGCAAGUGUGUGUGUGUGUGUGUGUGUGUGUGUGUGUGUGUGUGUGUGUGUGUGUGUGUGUGUGUGUGUGUGUGUGUGUGUGUGUGUGUGUUAAUGUGACUGGGUUGGUGUGAGAGUUUGAGAACACAUAAAUAAUUUCUUAUAUUUUCUUUGACCUUGGGAAAUCAAAACCAUUCAUAAACCCAGCAAGUUUUGACACAUAAAAUUGAUGCCAGAAAUCGCACAACUCAGAGGUAAGCAGGAGAAUGUAAACUCAUUUGUGGCAUCUAAGUGCAUAAAAGUCAUGUCAACAGGAGUUCAUAUGACACUCUCGAGGAUGUUGUUGCUUACCUCAGUGAUUGCAGAUGUUGAUGCAGUUGUUGGUUCCAGUUCAUAUUUUGGUCAGUUCAGACUGGUUUUACUGUUGUAUUGACACACACUUGUUGAUUGUUGAGGUUUUAUUUCAAAUAUCACACAGACUUACAGAUGGGCGUCCAUUAAAAAGAAUUACCUGAAGGUUUGAUAUCUAUAUUUACAGCAACACGGAACUCUGGAUGGAAAAAAUCCCAAAAGAUCAAUAUUAUAAUUUUAUUUUACUUGUUUUAACAAACAGUCAUUUUAAUCCUGCGAUGUCAAAUAUCUUCUCUGAUGGGUGUGGUCUCUCCAGUCUCUACAAAGCUCUCCCCUAGGGCACAGGAGGUCAUCAAAUAGUUUGAUAAUGUUUUUAACCUGAUUCAACAAUUUAGCUGGGAGUGAAUUUUCAACCUCAUCAUCAAGACAUUCGCACUUUAGAAGACACAGCUCUUGACUAUGUAGUAUGAACUUGUCAUCCACAUAAAUAGUUUGCCUUUUUUUUAAUCAAGUAUCUCAGAGUCAGGAUGUUGGUCAGAAAGGGUGAAGAAGAGAGCAAAAUGAAGGUGGUGAAAAAGAUGUGAUUAAGAGCUGGGUGGUGGAGGCUUUAGGAAUAUUUGCGAGGUUAGUAUUUGUCCAGCUGGCACACAUAAAUGUCCCCUCACCUGGAUGUGGAAGGCAGAGUGUGUGUUAUCGCUGGAAAGUAAACACGCGAGGGGAGUGUCUCUGUCUCCUCCUAACCUCGUUGCCUAGCAACAACAACGCUGUGUCCGGCAAAGACAGAGGUAAUGAUGUCACCAGUGUUUAGAGACCGUACACAGUUUAAACACACAAAAAAACAAUACGUUCAUACCCUGUACUCACUGAAGAGGACAUGGGCAAACUGUUAACUGUGAACAAUCUCAAUGAAAAGGAACUUGAAUAGCCAGAGUGGAUGUCACGAUUUGGAAGACAUGUUGGAUCAGGGAUAGACUGAGGGAUGAUGUCAUGACAUUGGGCAACAGAUUACCCUUAAGCAAACGGUGUAGUGUUAGGUCUGAGUUUAACCGCAGAAUCAGGGAGUAACUUCACGGAUCACUAAUGCUACUAUUAUGGAGUAAAGGGUUAAAAAAAUCUAAAAAUGUGGACAUCAUGAACAAUAUGAAAAAAACACGAACAUAACUGAGUGAUCCAUGGAAAGAGAGCGAUAGAGAAGGAGGCAGUCUGUGUGUAUUUAACUGUAUUUGUGACAGAUAAACUUUGUGAUCAGUUUACUCCGUACUGACAUUUACAAAUGAUGUUGAUGUCACCAUGCAGUUGGUUUUGAGCCUAAAACUCUUCUGAUGUUGUUAUGAUGGCCCUCUGGAAAGAUAAAAAAAAAGCAAAAAUUAAAUUUCUGAAGUAGUCGUAUAUUGUUAUGGGUUAUUUUUUUGGUAUUUAGGAUGCUGUAAAGUGGUCAUAGAUGUUUAUCCUGGUCCUCUGUUGUAUUGUCACAAAAUCCAGAGACAUGAGGUCAUGAACAGCCGUGCUGCUCUCAUCUGUGGUGUGAGGUUUAGGAGCUCACUGUCACUGCAAGACAUUUGAGCUUUGAUGAGUUUGACAUCCACUUUUUGCUUCUGAGAUGAAAUAAGUUUCAAAUUUCAUGGUUAUUUUUCUGUUGACUGAAAAAAUAAGUAUCUCCACCAACAAAUGAAGAUCUAUGUUUUUUCUUUCCUGUUUGGGUGUGAUCUCUGAGAAUAGCAGACUUGUGAGUUCAUUGUUGCUCCUACUUUUGUUCCGCUUUGACAGUGUGAAUUUACACAGUGGGUCUACAGAAGCAUUAUUGAAUGUGUUAAGUAAUAGAUGUCAUUUUAACAAUGUACCAUCUUGAGCUGUGACACUGUCAAACCCUCACUAUGAUUCACUUAAUCACAUCCUUAAAUAAGUGUCAUAUAAUGGCCGUUAACUACGGAGCAAAGUGACUCUUACUCUGGUCUUCCUCACACUCAUCCUGCCUCUGUCCCCGUCUCCAGGUACAGACUACAGAACAACCCGAUUGGUUUGAAUGUCCAGAGGGGGCAGAGUUUACCAGUCUACUGAAGGAUAUGACCACAUCCAACAGGUUUGAGAGAGUUUUUGUGUGGUUAUGUGUGUGCGUGUAUGUUCAUCCAUUACUGCUUUGAAGGGGCCUGACUGAAUAUUUUAGUUUUUCCAACUGGGAGACACACAGGGAGAGAUAUAUCCUCCUUAUCCCAAUGUUGCUUAAUCAGAAAGUCAAUCUACCUAAAUGAUAUAUAAUGUCAGCAAAACAGAAGCUGAGAGACCGUUAUUCCUCGUUGAAUAAAAAACUUUGCAAAUCUGUACUCACACGCCUCCUUUAAAGAAAAAAAACUACCAAAGAACAACCUUUUCAGACAUCCAAGUAAUAACUGUUUCAAAACAAGACAAAAAAUGUAACUGUGUUGGCACAAAAUUAUAUCCAUAUGCUUAAUGGUUGACCAGGAUAAGCCUCCUGGUUGGUUACAACUACUUUUUAAAUAAUAUUUUAUCAAUACAUGUUCAAUAUUUCAAACAUUCUGAAAAAUCUAGCUUUUUCAUUUCUAUUUUAGUGGCUGAUGCUACCAAAGAUGCACACAAACCUGGAAUAAUGGCUGUGUGUGUGUGUGUGUGUGUGUGUGUGUGUGUGUGUGUGUGUGUGUGUGUGUGUGUGUGUGUGUGUGUGUGUGUGUGUGUGUGUGAGUGCACCUGUAUCUUUGCAUCUUGCUGCUUUUUAUCAGUGUGUGGGCGGAAUGUGUGUAACCUCUUUGAGCCAAGGGUUUUGUCACCGUGGUGACCAGGAUUCGUUUGAUCCCUGGUUAUAUGAGACAAGAGGCCUGUCACACUCAAACACACAGGCACACACACACACACAGUGAGUACACACAAAUAAUGGCGUCCACCCUUUUCUAUAUACAAACUAUGUCUCUCAAUCACGCACACAGACACACACACACACCCUGUCAGAUCGAUAAUAAAGGUGUAUUGUUGUCGUGCUAUAGAGACCUCUCCUCCUCUCCCCUCCCUCGCCUCCUCUUUUCUCCUCAGUCGCCCCUUUUCACCGCAUUCUGUCGCCCUCUAUACAGAUUUCUCCUCCUCUCUCCCCCUUCAUUUUCUUUCCUUUCCCUCACUUUCUCUUUCUUUCACCCCUGUUCUCUCCCACUUUUCCUUCUCUCUUGUCUCCUCUCCUCACCCUUGGUCCCCCCUCUCCCCUCUUCCUCUCCAGCAGAUGAAAGCACAGAUCAGCCCCAGCCUUUGAAGUGGCUGAGACUGGCACACUCCCCCUGGUUUAGCAGCAGGAGGAGGGAGCAGAGGUUUUAGGAGAAAGGGCAGGAGAUGAAAGGAGUCAUAAGGAAAGAGGAGAGGAGAGAAAGGGAGGGAGAAGGGGGUCUAAUUGAGAGGACGAGAUGAGAUGGGCAGAGAGAGGAGACGGAAGGAGAGCGGGAAGGAGAGAGAGGGGAGGUCUGGGCAUAGCUCCUCACCCAAAUGAUGUCAUUCAGCCUUCACCAUGGCAACCUGAGGAAUGCCUUUUUGAAAACCUCAGAGUGGCUGGGUGUAGAGGGAGGAGGAGCCUCAUAGUCCUCUAUUCUGAAGAAAAGCCUGGAGGCCCAAAACCUGAUCUGUGUUCAGUCAAACAUGAAGCCAUCAGCCGUUCAGCUCAGUAAAGUCUGCAAACACAGCAGCCAAACUACCGACCAAACUACCAACUAAACUUACUCAACUACACCGGCACUCAGCUACCAAUUCAGGAAGAGUUUGACCCAAACUUGAGCAUUUAUACCCUCAAACAAAACUGAGGAAUAGACACAGACAAGGCAGGGCUCUCUGCUGGUCUGAGCGAUGUUCAGCUAACUCGACUACAUUAUUUUAGGCCUAACAAAGGCUAAUGGAGAAAUUUGGAGGCACUCAACCUGAAUAUGAUGGUGGUUCUUAGAAAUGAUGAUGGGUAUGUAAAAAUCCAGUUAAUGAGGCAGGAGUGCAAAUCCAUUUUUAUUGAACAGUCUAAAAUCAAGUCCAUUGAAAAGAGACAUUUUGAGUAUGGCAGGCAGACUGGAUGUACUUUUACUGGGUUGAUAAAUCAAAUACAACAGAGACGAAACUUUCACAGAUAGAGACGGUACAGAGCCUUUUACCAUGUCCAUCCAUUAAUGACACUCUCAGAGGACAAGAACUGCAGAAGACUCUAAGCCAGCAACAAACUACUAAACAGUAGUAUCUACAUGGAACAGCACAAACAUUCACAAUCAAUAUUCACUUUUUAAGAACCAUGAGCUACAUUCACAAACUAAUCAUCAAGUCUAAUGCAAACCAUGAUGAAACAUACAGUAUUUUAGGUCGCUGCCUCAUAAGAGAUGAUGUGAGGAGGCGGUUAUUCCAAAUCAAAUCCAAACUGGGUAAUACAAAACCUCAACAGGAAUCUAUACAUGGUCCUGCUUCCAACUGAAACUGAAAAGACUUGUUAUAAAUCUGAUUUUUAAAAAUAUUUUAUUGAAGAGCAAGUUCUUAAAAGCAGCUAAACAAAUCAUCCCUCAGACUCAACAGUUAGUGGGGCUUCCAUGGCAACAGUAUUCCUACCAGUCUACAUAAAUACAUCAAGCUGAACAAGAUAAAGUCGAUUAAGUUUUAUUUGUUUUAAUUCUAUAUACUGUAUGAUAAUAAUAAUAAUAAUAAUAAUAAUAAUAAUAAUAAAUAAUAAUAAGGGGCGGGGGAUAGAGCAGUCGUCCAAUAACUGGAAGGUUGGUGGUUUGAUUCCCCCCUAUCCCGAGUCUGUCCAUUGUGUCCUUGAGCAAGACAUCUUGCUCCCAGUGUGUGUCCUCCACUGGUGUAUGAUUUAGGCUGUGCACAAAAUGGCAGCCAUGUUUCUGUCACUCUGCCCCAGGGCAGCUGUAACUACCAAGGUAGUUUACCACCACCAAAGUGUGACUGUGUGAGCGAAUCAAUGUUUCCAAUGUAAAAGCGCUUUGAAGGUCUCGGAUAAAGCGCUAUAUGAAAUCUAAUGCAUUAUUAUUUUUAUUAUUAUUAUUAUUGUUAUUAUAGUUAUAGUUAUUGUUAUUGUUAUUAUCAAGAAGAAUAACUACAUGUAAAAUAUUAAAAAGUGAGGGUUUGCAAAGUGUUUUGACAGACAUCCAGCUGAGAUCAAUCAUAAGCUUCAUAAAUGUUGAUCAGAUUAGCAUCACUUUUACUAUUCAGGAUCAAUUAGAACUUGUGUGAAGUUUUGACAAAUAAAAUUCAAUAAUUUAUCCCAUGAGGAAAAAUUACAAGCUAUAAACUAGAUAGGGGAACAGGUCAGUACUGCUGAGGGUGUAUUUUAUAUCAGCCUCUUGACUGAAUGGACUGAAUAAUCAAUAGAUAAGGCCAUGACAGUACCAUGAUAAAUGAACAAACGUUUAAGUCUUUAUAUUAGCUAUUACCUCAUAAUAUUUCUGACUUUUCAAGCUGCUCUACAUAUUAACCUCUGUUUUAACAUUUGUAAUAGUGUUUUUUUUUUCAACAUUAACAUCUACUCAAAACAGAAGUAAAGAUACCUUACCUCCCAUAUGAUAGUCCACAGAUAUCACUGUCUUUAUUAUACUGAGUAGUUUUGCAGUAGUCCCCUCAGUUUACCUUUAUGUAUACAAACCUUAAACUGAGAGCAGGUUUGAAAUAUAUCAUGUAAAACUAUCUAUGUGAGAUAGAGUGAAAGUCCCUCUGAGCAGCUGUCAGAGGAAGGAAACAGUCUGAGGAACCUUGUUGUGCGCUAAGUUCUGCUGGAGGUUCUUUGGCUCCUCUCACAGAGAAAACCGUCAAACUGCUUGUUCAUGGCGCGUGUGAGACUAAUGUGGUUCUGUAAUGGCCAUUUACUGCAAUCUCAAACCAAUUAUUUCAUUCUCAGCUAUCCUCUGCUCCAGCUGCUGAGCGAGGCUGUGAAAGUUUGCUUCAGAAACUUUUAGGGAUCCAAUUUAUGCUCUUCAAAUUCACAAACUUUCAAGGUUUUCUAAGGCCUCCGGGAGCUGUGUUAAUUAGCUUAAUUAUGGAGGUUUUAAUCAAGUAAGGGGGUGGGCUUCUGCCGGCCUGGCUGCAGGCUGCCCUCAAAGACACCUGGGAGGAAGAGAAGGGGGAGGAGGGUGAGAAAGGGAGAUUAGAGAAGGAGAGAGGAGAGGUAGGGUAGGAGCGCAUGCUAACUAUGACACAUGAUUAAAUAAGUGUUUGUAUGUUUUUGUACAAGACUUCAUUUUGAUCAGGACUAAUGUGACUUAUUUUUUCAGUCAGCCAAGAGAGUGUAGCACCAGAGUUAUUAUGUAGAUACAUGUUCAAAUAUGUGAUUGAAAAGAUUUGUUUCAAGAUUUUGUAUCAUUGCCAUGGCAACAGCGUAGAAACGAAAUGUCAAAAAAGGAUGAAAUGUCUAACUAUGAUCAGAAUAAGAAAAUAAUGUUUAGAAAACAGAGCUGACUAUCAGCAUGACUGAAGCAGCAGUCACUGUAGGAUGGAGCAGCAUCCUACAUGAACACCUGGUCCAGAGCUCUCACCUGACCCACCUUGAAAUAGUAGGACUCCAGCAGAGUGAACCCCCCUGUCAAUCCUCCUUCAUUUGAGUCAACAGCUUCAUCUGUGCUGCUGUGAACAGAGGCCUGAACAGACUAACCAACACAGACUAGUGGAUCAACUUUGAGUCCUCCGUUGGCUGGGACUUUAGUCUGGUUCUUGAAGUUUCCAAGGACUCUGGUUUGAAAAAAGUAAAUAGCACUGCAUAUCACUUAAAACCCAAACAGUUUAGAUCUGGUUUGUUUUGGUUAAGUACAGUUUCUUGAAAAUUAGACAACCUUGAAUGGACUUUUGUGCUGAAUUAAAGACUGAAUUUCAAUGACGACCAUGUUAGUGUAGAAAAGUUCUUUCAAAAGGAAGGGAUGUCUGCUUAAUGCCAUUAAAGGUACAGUGUGCAGCUAUAGGAUAUUCAUAAUACAAAUAUUAUCACCUCUUUUUUGCAUCAUCGUGUUUCUGUCAAGCUCAGAACAGACAAACAAAUAACCUGCGCCAUUUGUGUAUUUAGUAAGUGGCACCGGUUGGAAGAUAGUGAAGGAGAAGAGAGUGGUAGAUGCAGUUUCUGAGGGAAAAAGCCUGAGACAUAGGAAGGAUCAUUCUUAACUUGCUUCACAUGAGCCUCUUGUCCCGGAAGGCCACAGUCAUUUUCAGAAAAUAGACUGAUAUUCAGAAACUGAUCUUUCAUUUUUUUUUUUUUUAGAUGGAAAUGAGUAAGAAAAAGCUGCAGUAAUCUGGAGCUCCAUCAAGAAGUCAUUCACUUUUAUUCAUUGAUUUUUUUAUUUUGUGCUGCAAAGUUUCUCGGCACACUGCAGGUAUAAGAGGGUCAGGUCAGAACUCAGUGGUACUUUCAGAGCGGUGUCAGAUUCAUUUUUCAAAAUUGGUUUCAUUUUCAUUUUCUGACCGUUUAAGAAGUAAGAAACAAGAAGAGAGGGGGAUAUUUUCAGCACAUCCUCAUGCUGAAUCAAAGAGUGUACAUGUUUUGCUAUUGUUAAAAUUCAUCUUAAAGUCAUGACCCCACAGAUCUCUUUAAGUGUCUCUUUGUAUGAUGAAAUGUUUUAAGAAGAAUGUAAAUGACUUUUUACACUGACGGUGUUUUUUGUUUCCUCCACCUCAGGUGUCACAUUGAUGUUGUUACCCUGGCAGCUGAAAUCCUCAAUAUUUCUGGAUUCCAAAACUUCUCAUCUCCAAAUGUUUAGGAAAGUAGAACAAAAACCUGUGUGCCUUUUUAAUAACUUAUUAAUGAUUUCAGACUUUGAGAAUUUCCCUCUAAUUUUAGUCGUUUUACUACAUGACUAAUUGGAGGUUUGUAUUGUCAAAAUAUUGCAAGUUUUUUUACUGAAUG